CACAACGGCUAACAUGGAGGCUGCGAACUACAUCGGCACAAAAUUUCGUAAGAUUGAACUCUUUUCAGAAGUGUCGGUAAGUUUCCACUGGCGAUAAAUAGAAAAUUAAAAGAUAAAUUCGUUGAAUAUGCUUUUGUUGGGCCUUUUAGGUGAAUCUUUUCAUAGGAACUGUGUUUAUCGCAGUCGUCAUUUUGGCCUUGUAUUUCUUGAAGAGAUUUAUAUUACGUAAAAAAGGUGGGUAAAUUUGUUCAUUUCAUGGUUCUAUUUAUUACUUGUAAUGUCUCGUGUAGUGCUUGGCUUGAAUGCAUAUAUUACUACAUAUUAACUUUAACUUUGUUACAUAUCACACACUCACAAUUGUUUUGACACACAGGCUCAGUCGAAGUACAAGAUGCAACUUCUGAAUUUCCAAAACCGAGAUUUCGUAAACGGGACAAAAUGAUCUUCUACGGCAAAAAGUAUUUGAGAAAGGUGAGAACUUGUUAAUAUCCCUGUGCGAUAUACACUACGAAGCGAUCGGCGGAUAAUUAUCCAAAUUAUAUGAUGCUGAAGUUGAACAUUAGAUUGGUAAACGUUUCAUUGUCGAAGUGCAUGAAACCUAACUUACGACACCUUAUGUAUCAAAGCAUUUUUACCCUACUGUUAACCAGUAGGCGUAAUUAAGUAUAUUUUAUUUUCAGCUCUCAGUUCAUGACAAGCUCAUACACUAGCGUUUACUCCGUCCGAAUACUGGGCUUACGUCAGUCUAACAUCAUUGUUUACCUAUGUCAUUUUCCAGUUGACUGAGUUGGAGUGGUUUUUUGUUUGAACAAGAAGUUCUAAAACAUGAUUUAAUAGUUAACAAGGGCUACCUGUUGAUCUCAGGUGGAGUUCACAUCAAAUCAGCUAUACUUUGGAAAACUACCAUAUACAAAAGUGUGGAUUACGAGCCUGCAGAAUGCUACUGUAGUCAGGGGAACUGCCCACCUACCCCUUGUCUAAGGCUACAUUUUGCCCUAAGUGAGAAGUAAGUGUUAAUGUUGGCUUAGAGGAGAGGUAGGUGGGCAAUUUCCCCCGAAAGAUAUAAUGAUCCCUUUAUCUGACUUGGACAAUUCUCCAUAGUUUGUGUACAUGUAACUUUAGCUUAAGCUACAAUUUGAAUCUUAAGAUUGCUCUCCAAAUUCCUGAAGGGGCUCUUUUAUUUUGUGGACACUUUUUUCUAUUACCAGCUUUCUUAAAGUGGGGGACUGGGUAGGAGUUAACACGAGACCCACAUAAUCAGACAGAGCACACCAAGUUUUAUGAAAUUCUCAAGUUUGUUGUUAAUCGGGCCAAUAUUGAACCUGAUACAACCAGUAAAAACUUGAAAAUUGUUCCUUAACACUAAUUUUUUGUCUGGGCAUUCAUAUAUUUCUUAUAAAUUCCACAUUCCCAACAAGUUCUUUUUCUUCAGGGAGUCAUGGAAAGAUUAAUUUUUUUGUAAUUUUCCACAUCAGUUCUUCUUAGUGGCUGUCUCCCUUUCCCAACCUACUAAUGAAAUCAAGAACGAUGAUGAUGAUGAUGAUGGCGAUGAUAACUCAUAUACGCUGUUUAUAUUCAACUGAGGAUUAAGAGCUAAUCAGGCUUUGAGCAAAUCACCUUUGGUGCCCAUUUUAUAUUUUAAAAAGAAAAUCAAACGAAUGUUAGUGCCAGUUCUCAUCCCCUAUAACCAGUUCAUUUUUAUUUUGUUAAGUCUGAUAUGAAGCUUUCUAACAAUUGCAUCACUUUCAAAACCAUUUAAGCCUUGAUCUUGAAUGCCAACAAACAGCCUUCUGACCUGGAAAUUGGACUUUUGGGAAACCUCUAGUUUAAGUACUGAGACACAAAAAGUGUCAAGGGUUACAGUUGAGGACCAGACAAGAUUCUCCUUCAGUCUUUGCAGUUGUGUUCCACUUGUGUUCCUAGUUGGGUUUCCUUCCUUGUUACAAGAUCAUGAAACACAAGGGCCAGUUUUUCAUUUGAAUUAUUUUUUUUAUGUGGCUUGAGUGCAGACCACCUCUUUUUCACAUACGGUUGUUUAUGACGUUCCACAUGAGUCAUGCUACUGGUACAUGUAACUGUUCUUCAGAUAAAAACAUGUACAGUGUAAGUUACAAGAAAAGUGAAGGCGGUUUUAGUUUCACCUUGAAGUUGAAGAUAAUAGAACAACAGUACAGGGUUGUCGUUAAGGGCAACAAUCUGUAACACAGGUGGAUUGUUGUGGGUAAUGUUACCAGUUAGCCAAAGAAGGGAUUGCACACAGUCAUUAAAAAUUAUGUUAUGGCCAGUAAAAAUUUACUUAUACACCCUCCUGAAAAGAAUGAUGACAUCUCUUUUGACAUGGGUGAAGGAAAAGAUCCACAAGCCCGAAGGAGCAUAAACCAUCCCAGCCUUGUUCCCAGGGUCUAAUUCCUCACCUAUUUCUCUCCUGUAGGAGAGGAGCCUGGGAAGAAAUCCAAACCUUUCAUUGUCAAAUUCAACACAUUUGUUUUAAUUAAUAAAAUGUAUUUAACUUGUGUUGACAGGUGAAACAACUUUCUCAACAAGAUGAGGGAUAUAGAAGAACUAUCAGAAAGAGACAGAAAGUUAUGUUCAACUUUGGGAGAGAGUAAGUUAUAAUUUGAGUCUAUAUGUUUGAAAUUCAACUGGCUGUCAGUGCUCUAAGGAAACUUCCCAGAAGAUCCAGCCAUUCCAGGGUACACAGGAUAUAAUUAUACAUGUUUCAUGUGCAAAAGCCCUUAUUCUGUAGUUUCUCAAGGGCAGAAAUGAUUCACACAUAUUGAGCUGCAUGUCCAUAUUAAAAUUCAGGCAUCUGCAGGCUGUCAUUAAGAGCCGCGGGCCAGUGAUUUCCACCGGGAGUUAUGAACACGGCCCCCGGCUAGUUGCAUAGGAUAAUAGAAGAAAAAUAGAACCAAAAGAAAUCCCUGGCUGGUUGAUUCCCCACCUACUUGUUGUAUUUACCUGGCAACUUGAAAUCUUAUUGACAUCCCUGCAUCUGACAAGGUGCAGUGGUGUGGAACGGCAUAAUUUGGUAUAUCACAUCUUCUGCAUAUUGAGAGCAUAUUGCUCAUAAAACUGAAAAAAUUACUCAAUCUCUGGAAAAAGUAAGCUGAAUUCCUUCCUUUCUUUUAAGCAGAUUUUCUCCAAAACAUCAACUAAAAUAUGCUGGUUUGUUGGGUGAUUAAUAUUGUCUACAAUGGUCACCUCUCCUCAACUUUCCAUUUUCGUUCCAGAAGAUAUGUAUACAAUUUGCCCCUGUUAACUCUUCACCAUGAUCACCUCUCUACAAUAACCACUACACUGUACAUGACCAUUGUGCAGGGGUUUGUGUGUUUUAAUUUUUUUACAGAAUUUCAUUAAAUGUCUAGAUUUGGCUCUUUGUCUUUAAAGUAAUAUUACUUUUAUACAAGUGUGCAUUGGGUUGAAACAUCAUUAUUAAUAUUUUAAUAUCAUGUUUUACAUGUAUGUAAUUUUCUUGGAACCAUUUGUUUUAAGGCUUAGAAACUCAAAUAGAAACCUGCAAACUGAUGUACAGUACAGCAGUUAAUGUACAACUGUGUUAGGCCAAACCUUUGGCUUCCCAGGCCUUAUAUGUGUAAUAACCUCAACCCUCCCCCAAACGGUGAAGUGAUUGGUGACUGGUGUACAGUAAUUAUUUCAUACGGUAAAAUACAGUGGUCAUGUAAAUAUGUAGUCUUGCAAAUUGUUACAUUAAAAUCACUACUUAUAUUUUUACUGGAAAAAAUCUAAAUUUUAAUUUAAUAAAAACUAAUUGAUGAUGAUGAUGAUGAUAAAUUCAUGCUUUUAAUCUUAAAUACUUGUAAAUUAUUGCAAUUGUUUUUGUUUUAGGUAUAGGAGGUAGUUUAUUUUGUCUAAAAUGAGUGCAUGUGACAAGAAUAAUGUUGUUAUUUCCAUAACAAAACCAGUUCACUCAAUUUACAUAUUCAUUUAAUUUAUUUAAUUUUCCUUGAAGAAAAAAAAGCAAGGUAAAAAGUAGGAAGGGUGAAAGCAUGUUCAUUGCUGUAUGUGUUUGCUGACUGUACAAGGAGAAAAAAAUAAUGGAAAGACACAUUUGAAAACCACAAAUAAAUAAAUAAAUAAAUAAAGUAAAAAAAAAAAUCAUAAUAAAAAAAUGAAUAAAGAAAAAAUGUUUAGAACAUAAAUGCAGACAGGACUACUUAAUUUAGUUAUAAUAUUAUUUAUACAUUAUUUGAAUACACUCAUGUACAGUACGUAGCUUCUCAGCAAGACAACCCAGAAUGUGGAAUUCAUUACUAGAAUUACAUGUACCUUAUUUAGAAUUAUUUUUAGAUGAGGGGCUGUAAAUUUCUUAUUAAGUUACCCUGUCAAACAAUAUGCCACCUGUUUAAAACAUAUCCACGAACCUGUUCCAUGUGCAAAACACAGCAGUGAAAUGUUAUUAAUUAUUAAUGUCCUGUCACUUCCAGUCUGUAGAUACCAGUAAACUGCACAGCCUUGAAGCUGCCUUUGUGCAGAAAAUUUGUGCUGUAUUUCCUGUAGAAAACAGCUAGUCUUUUAUUAUUUAAUUUUCUGUGACAAUAUGCUAUUUAGCUCGGAGUCUAUGAACAGCUGAUUUGUACAUGUAGCCGAGACUGUUCAACUAUAGAUCAUGUAGUAAGGCAGAGGAUUUUGCAUCUGUAAAUCUAUGGAAUCGAUUCCGGAUUUCACAUGGAAUCUGUUCAGUACUUGCUUGGAUUUUAAUGUGUUUGGAAACUGUGUGACUUGGCCUUUAAGGUGAGGUCUUUAUUUUAAAACGUCUUAAACAGCCAUUUUACUCUGUACAGUAUCUAAAGUUUUGCAUGCACUGAUUGUCUCAUAAUUUUGAGCCUCAUGAAUAUUACGAGCAGUUUUUGAAUAGAAUCUUGGAGCUUAGAAGAAAACAGUAUUUUUACACCUAUAUCAACAUCAUUCUACAUAAUCAGAUUUUAUUACCUAGCAUAUACACUGACAUAAUAUAGAUGUACAUACACAAGUCACAGUAUAUACUGUCAUUGUUUUUCGCUAACAUUUGGCAUAUUUGUCAGAUUAGGAAUUCACAUUGAAUAAGAUUUUAAUAUGUGAAAGAAUUGACACAAUAAGUUGACAUAAUCAUGUAUAGUGAUGCAAAUGUAGUGAAAGUUAGUAUGAAGUUCAUUGCUAGUGUGUUUAGCAAACCGAAUAAUAUCGUUGCAAUUUGAUGAUGCAUAAAUUAAGAUACAUACUACUUAAACAUUUUUAAUAUCAUACCACCUUUUGCAUUCAUUGUAGUUGUUUUCUAAUUUCCAAGCAUGUGAAGGAAUUUAGCAAACAAUUUCGCCCUAUUUUUAAUUAUCCUACAUGUAGUUUUUAGUUGAAUCUCAGAUAUGCACAGCUAGUCUUUGCGAGGAGCAUUUCGUAGACGUAACGUCCUCAUUAUGGUAGACGGUGGUUUGACUUUCCCUCCCACAAUUAUAGUACCCUUUGUCCACCUAUCUGAACAUUUUUUUCUUCACAAACGCGUCAGGAUUAUAAAACAUUUCUUGAUAAAACUGCUUUAGGUUUUGAUGACGGAAGCUUGAUCUUGAUAUUAUCUCCAAGGAGUUAGGAGUGUUUUUAAAGGUUAUUAACAUACAGUUGAACCUCUUCACAUCGGCCGUGUUGGGUCCGAAGAACGUGGCCGUUGUAGAGAGGAAACCGAUGUCGAAAGGUAGUGAAACAAGAGUCCGUGUAUGGACUGUUCUCCAAAAAAGUGGCUGUUGUAGAGAGGUGGCCGUUAGUGGAAGUUCGAUUGUACAUUUCUUUUGUAGGCUUUUGCGAUUUGAUGACAAUGAACCAGGAAGACAGCUCAAGCAACCUCCAGCGGCGUUUCUCGAAGCAGACUCGGCUGAGGUAAGAGUUAAACGUCUUUUUCAAUUUUUUGUUUUCGUUCUUGUACAGAUCCAGUCUUAAACUGUAUUAGUAAUUUUUUAAUGUGCUAUCGUGCCAAAUGAUUCUUGCCCAAGUGAUGUUUCUUUACAGAUUAUCGUACGCCUUUCACAGCUUUUCAUAAUUUUUUUCUAAAAGGAAUUUGCACGGUGGAAACCGGUUAAUACGGACACUAAGGGGUUUGCCAUUGUGUCAGUAAUCCAGGUGUCCGCAUUAAGCGGGUUCUAAGAGAAAACGUCACGGACACAUUUUUUAUCGAUCUAAAGCGCAAAAAAGCAGACAUAGCAGUAAUUGUAAAAUCUCAAAGGAUCGUCACGAUCAUUUAUCAUAGUCUCAGACUAAACUAUCCUUCAAAUAGUUGUCUUGAAAUAUACAACAAUUGAAUCCGUGGCUUUUCUUUGUACUGACGCUUUUAGUUUGCGAAAGUAUAUGAGCUUUUCGUUGAGAUGAACGUAAUUAUCCGUGACAGGUGUACGUAGAGCGUGGUUCCACUGUAAAAAAGUUUUGAAGAAAAACGAUGUUUCAGACUUCACUCCAAGAUAGGCCUUUUUUUUAAGACGCACAAGCUUAAGAUUCGUAACCUUAACGAUCAAGGCCUACUUUGGAGGGAUUUUAUAUCGAGUCAGUCAUUGGGGCGUAACGGUACUUAUAAUCUGUGCAAGUGAAUAUAUAUUUUUCAUCUUUUUUUUCUGGAUAUGCUAACCAACGCAAAAUUUCGUAAAUGUAGUUUUUGUGAUAUCAUCACUUCUCGUCUCUAUACUAUCUAAACCUACACGCCGAUUUCCGAGUUCCAAAAAUUCUCAAUUUAAAAUCGAGGCUAAGUGCGAAACCUUCCUUUUGAAAAUAAGUUUUAUUUGCAUGAGAAUAGACAAUCAUUUUCAUAUCAAUGGCUUCCCACCAUAAGCCUCGCUUUGAAAAAGAGGCUAGGGGUAAGUCGGAAAUGGCGUAUUGCAUUUUGCCUUUCUUGUUGUCGUCGCCGUCUUCGUUGCAUAAGCUUACUCUUUUUAAAGGGGUGCGGGAGAAGGGGUCUCAUUUGGGUGUGCCACUUUUUGAACUUAACAUGGCCCUUUUCUUGUGGACAGGUGGAUAUCAAUGAACCUCGCCUCCCCCCUGAGGUUGUGUACAUGCUCAAGAGUGUAAAGUAAGUGUAUUUGAUCGAUCAUUUGUUUAUCUCUUUCUCCAUUGCUGCCAAGGUGUAAAAUAAAUGAUCCUUUCUUCUUGUUUUGAGGGUGUUUGGCCAUUUUGAAAAGCCGCUUUUCUUUGAGCUGUGCAAGUACAUUGAGACAAAGUUUGUUCCAGCUAAUGCUCUUCUGUUUAGACCAGGCCAGGUGAGUCGUAUGGAUAAUUCCGUUGCUUUUAGCAGUCGUUGGGAUGUUUGAAUAACGGAAACAAAAUUUUUAAACAGGUCUGUACUCGUCAUUGCCGGCGUUGCAGGCGUUCAAAAGGGAAGGGAAGGGAAUUAAGCGCUCGCACGCCCGAGAUUCACUUCCCUUUCCUUUGAAACGCUACCACGCAGACCAUUCGCCAUUUGUCACUUGCUAUUCGCCACCUCAAAACGAGGUGGAAACUGGGCCGAGUUUACUUCGCAUUGACUUGUGGGACUGUUACUAGGGGCAGCGAAGAAAAAACUGGCCAAUAGCUGACUGGCGCGUCCCGAGUAACUACCCCAGAAACAAUUACGGGACAUUUUUCGGCUCCAAUUCUCUUCUUGUUUCUAAGGUGUCGAGUGGCCGUUUACACGCGGGUACAUACAACGUAAAAAUUCGAGCAGUAUGGAGCAUUUCCACGAAAAAAAAAAAAAAAAGGAGCGAGUGAAUUUUUACACCAGCUUUUACAGGUAGUUUAUCUUCACGUAGCUACCAAUGGCUGGAUUAAUGACCGAUCAAUCUAACCGUUUAUUUAAAAUUUAUGCUUGGAUACUUCUAGUGAUAUUUUCAAAUUAGAAGUGCAUCCGAGAAAGUCAAUGGGUAAGGAAUUUACUGGAUGAUAUUUCCGUGAUUUAGCGAGGAUCGUAAGGGAUCCCUGUUAGCCACACUGGGUCCCUAGUAACCACACUAGGUCCCUAUUGACCUCACGGGGUCCUAUUAACCACGCUGGGUCUGUUUUUUGUAUCUUUAAAGAUGGAUGAUAGCAUUUAUGUGGUGCAGAGCGGAAAACUUUGCGUCUCUGUUGUGGAAAAGGUCAGUGAUUAGUAAACGGUAAAUAGCCAAGAUUUAUCAUAGUUUUCACAGUGUUUUUUAUGCAUACACUUUUGGGCAAACCAGCUAAUUUCAACCUUAAAACUUUGCUGUUGAAGGUUAGAAAUUAAAGCUUUACUUCGCCACCUGAUCCGAUGACAAGUCCCCAACUUCGUUCCCAGUCUACGGAGCGAGAGAGAGAACCUGGGAACGAGGUUGACACUUUGCCGACUCGUAAGCUGCCACUUCGGGUAAACGGGCACCAAGUUGCUGUCCUCUUGUAAAUGGAUGCGAUCACAUUUUUGAGGGUCCUUCAAAAGCUAAAAUAAUCUCCCAUAUUUGGAUAGUAGUAAAAAUCAAUCCACUACAAAAAAUUCUUACAUUCUAUACGUGUAGAUGAAUGAAGAUGAUUAGUACGGGGGGAUUGCCUUUUGUUACACGCGUCAACAAGUAAAUAAUAUCGUGGAACGUCGAUAUAACGAAGUGCGAACGCCCAAGGGACUGGCAAAAUAUUUUCGUUAUAACGAAGUUUCUUUGUAUCGAGAUUCUUUUCCAUAGAUCUUACUGGGGUCAAGAAUAUCUUACGUUAUACCGCUCUCGUCACAUAGGGGCUCGUUAUAUCGAGGUUCCAUUGUACCAAUUUCAAUCAGUUGUUUGUUCAUCUUCUCAACAAUUGCUCAUCCAUUGAGACAAAUCGCAAUUGUAGUGCCAAUGUAUUUAGCACGAAAGUAUUAACUGAGGACAUCAUUUUUAUAUUUCCUACUUUGGUUUUGGUGCCUGCCCUUUCACGAACAGUUGUGAUGACCAGUUUUGAUUAUGCUUUGUUUUAACAGGACGGCACACAAAUGGUGAUGAAAGAAGUGCCUCAAGGAGAAAGCAUUUACAGCGUCCUCAGCAUAUUGGACUCUCUGACAGUAAGUCAGCUUAUUGUAUUUGUUUGGUGUGUGGUGAGGGAACAAGCAGAAAAGCUUGCUUUUACUUUAAGGCAGUAAAACAUGAGUUUAUGGCGGUUUUGCACCUUUUAAGAUGUCCCCUGUCGUGACAUUUUCUUUUGCUCGUGGUAUUUGUUAAAGUGAUAAGAUGUUUUCUAUGAAACCGUCACGUAUAGCGCGUAGUUCAUUUGAGAGUAGAUAAACAGCUUUUCUUUGAGUCUAACCAAACAGAAUUGAAUUAUCUUAAAGCAAAUACGUGACGUCAACGCGCCAAGGACGGAACACUUGCUGGGAAGUUUCCAUUGGUGCUGAGUUAGUUUGCUUCUGAUUGGUCGGAAAGUGGCGCGAAUGUUGCGUAGCCUAGCAAUACUGUAGUCUGUCUACAGACAUCCCCUCGCUCUUGCGCUAGCAGUCAAUAUUCUUGUUCGCGCGUUAAAUGAUCUCUGAAGAGAAAAUAGGUCUGAAUAGCCGAUUAGCCUAUAAAUAGUGGAGUUACUUGUGACACUAGAUACUAUAAACGAAUAAACGGUUGACUUAUUUGAAAUGACCAUUCAAGUUGUGUUUUUUCAAAAGAAACGACGACUGAUUGAUGCAAAGUGUUAAUUAAUGUGACGACUUAAGUGUGGCAAAACUGAGCCAGUUGACUGGAACAGCACCCCGAAGCUGUUAGAAACGAGCGCGAAAAUGUAUUUUUCAAGAACUAUGUCGAAUUGAGUGAAAUAAUCAAGAGACUUACCAGGUUCUCUUCUCACAAAUGUAUGGCUCCUUGCUAUUUGUAACCACUCUCAUUACGUUCUGUCGUAGUUAGUAGAGGGGACUGGUUAUGGAAGUCGGCGAGCUUCAGAGAGCGCGACAAUAGAGUCGUCUCUGAUGUUGAACGUACAUAACUAUGGUUCUGUAAAGUGCUAGUCUCGUUUCCAGACCCUACAAUGUGCUUUAUGGGCGACUAAUAUUUUUCUUUGACACGAAAAGGGAUUCUUUAUGUUUUUCACAAUGCACUUGUUCAUGUGACUUAUUUGUUGCCACUAGGGUCAUCCAAUGGCUUUGCCUCAAAUAUGCUGCAGAGCAUUAGUGGAUACACACGUUUUAAGGUAUCUAUACUGUGGGCAAUUGUCUCAGUUGCUAAUUUUAACGUCUUUGAGCCUUCGUGAUAGGAAUUUGAUCAAGAGAAAAUUUUCUUUCUAUUUUGAUGUGUUGUUUCUGUUAGUGUGGUUAGUGUGUCUGGUUGAAGAAGAAGACUGGUUUCUCUCGAAUCACUCCUUUCGAAAAAGUAUCUUCACAAAUCAUUAUUUUUUUUUUGUCUUUUGUUUUUUUUUUACAGGCUGCCAGGGAAAGCCUUUCAAACUGUGUUUGAUCAACAUCCUGACUCAUUGGUCAGGGUUGUACAGGUGUGUUAUAAAUUAAAUAAAUGAAUAAAUAAAGAAACGAUUUUGGUUUCUUACUUUAAGGAAACCGAGGAGGGUUCAACUGCUACCUUGAGCAUUGUCUGACAAAAUUUACCCAUAUCCGACGAAAUAUUGCUGCAGUCGGACAUUAGCUACUUUAAAACCGAGAAGAAAACUGGGGAUUGUUACUAGUUUUGGCACACAUUUCGGCUCCAGUCCCCUUGGCGAAUGCUGACUGGACGGGUCAAAUGCUAAAGACAACCAUUUUGAAGGAAGCUGAAUAUUUGUGACUGGCAACGCUCCUGGUCUACCCGUCUUCUGAAAAUGGCGACUUCUUCGGACAUCCACUGACUCUCUGAAAAGUAGUAUUAUUUUCAGCCCUGUAAUAAUGCAAAAAACGUAAUAUUAUGUUGGCGUGGAAAGGUGAAUGGUCACACCACAUGAGCUAUAUGUAGAAAUGCAAAAUUAUCUCUGGGUGCUUAUGGUUUGACUCGUACAUGUGGUAACCGGUCGUCUCGCGACUAACCAGCUCGCCAACAAGUAAUAACUCUGUAAUCUACUUCGAAUAAGCUUAGCGAAGAAGUAAAAAUUCUAGGUUAGUAACCGAAGGUGAGUAAACAUGUCGAUUAAUGCAGAGUCAUUACUUGGUAGCGAGUUGGAUGGCGGCGAGUCGACUUCUUGGUGGCGAUUUCGUUGGUGACGAGAUGACUGUAAACCGUACAUGCACCUUAAAUUAGGAUUGAACUGCAUGUAACUUAACCCUUUCACUACUAAAAGUGGCGAAAGGCACAAUCCGGCAAAAGUUUCCAAUUUCUUUUUCACUCCGCCAGAGAAACAAGGUUUUAGAUGUAUGACGUGCAACACUGAACGACUAAAAGGUUCCACUUCCAUAUCGACCAUGCAAGUCAAGUACGUUAGAUUAUAGAAUUUGCUACACCAUGAUAAAAGUGAGGUUACGAUCCCCUUUUUUACUCUAAAGAGUCAACGCAAGUUUAGUAUUAAAUGACGUGGAAUACGCAUGAACUGUUGUAUUGUCUCGAGCUUGACUUACUAGAAAAUACAAAGUAUGAUGGAACGACUUUUUUUUGCCUCGCAAGUGAAUCAUUUUGUCUAAGCCCAGGGUGAAACGUCGAACAACAGAUGGGAGAAAUCUAAUACCAAUAAUCGAGAACGACAGAUUUUGCUCAUUGGCAUUGGGUUUGUCACUUGUGAAGUUCGACUUUUUAGCUGCGCCUUAGGCUAUGGUCACACUUUUUCGGAUGGUUUUUCGCGCUGACUCAAAAAGCUCUCCGUUAUAGUAUGAACACCUAUCCGAUAUGUGACUCUCCACAUUAGAGAUCGGCGAAGCGUAGCUCCACUCCGUGACAGAAAUCGCGCCGAAUUCACUGGUCUUUUGUGUGAGCAGAAACCCUAUCCAGUAAAGUUUUCGUGCCGGCGCAAAAGCUAUCCGGCAUGGUGUGAAAAUAACCUUAGUUUCUUCAGAAUUCAGUGUCGCAGUUAUGCUGAAUUAAGUGUGUGUGGAUAAAAUCUAUGAUUCUGUUGUUUUUAGAUUAUCAUGCUUCGUCUUCAACAAGUUACAUUCAUGGCCCUUCACAACUUCUUGGGACUCAGUUAUGAGCUUAUAGCGAGUGUAAGUAUAUUUAUCUGAGGUAACCAUGUUAGAUUACACUGUCGUGAUCCUCUAUUUCCCUUUCGUAAACGGUCGUUGCCAUUUUUAACGGACGAUGCCACCAUUGGCAACCAAGCCUUCAGUCAUGAUAGGUGUAAUAUAUUCCCUGGAUUAAGUUACAAUAAGGCAACGUUGAAGUCCAAGUUGAAUUUUACGUUAAAACUUGCGGAAAGGGACAGGGUCACCUGUUAUUGAUGAAAUAGUUAAGAAAGACAGUUUGCUAGUUUAUUUACUCAACGUUUUCGGAAUUUUGUUGGGUCGGUGUGGUAGUGAGUGGUAAGGUACGAAAGAUCGCUUUCGAGGUCUGGGUUCGACCCAGGGUGGCAACCUUCUUCCGUUUCAAUAAAACACUCUCAAUGACAGGUCGAAAAUUAUUUUCUGUCUUAACAAUGGCAGCGACCGUUUACGAAAGAGAAAAUGUACGUCGCUAUAGCCAGUCGUCAGACACGUUAUCUUUAUUGUUUGAUUUUUUUUAAAUUAUAAUUUACUUAUAGCACCCAGGAAGAAGGCGUCCUUCCAUUUAUGGCAUUACCAGUAGUCCAGUGAAAAACAAGAAAACAGACUCUUCACCCAGUGUAGCGGAAAAUGUUAUGAAAACGGAAAAGAAGAUUCCUUUGGAAGUUGAUUCUGUUACCAACAGUGCAGUGCGGUAUGAGAAAACAACUCAUUCCCCUAGUGGAGUCAAGACAGAGGCAGAUAAUAAAACAGGUAAUGCUGUAUUUUCUUUGCCUCUUUCCGUAUGGUUACAGCAACUGAGGGGAAUAUGCUUCAAGAUUUGUUAAGCGUCGGCGGAUUUAAUUUACCCGAGAAUUGUACUUAAAGGUUUUUGAUAUCGCACCAUGGAUGCAUGGUGUAGUUAAGAGAGCACGAGAGAAAGCUGAAGAUGCGUACAACAUGGUAUAAUAGUUAAUUAGAAAUGCUUUGUCCAAUGAUCCCCUCUGUUGAUAAAGAGUCGUAUUGCAUGGUGGCUCGUCCCCUCUUUCGAUAAACAGUCGUAUACCGUGCUCGUUCAAUAGGAAUUAGAUAGAGCCAAAUGCAAGGAUAUUCUAAUGAUGCCCGUGAUCAUGUGCUGAUGACCCCGCUGUUUCUAAAGAAUAGGGAAUUGAGUGCCCGAAUGUAUUAUUGAUCCUCUAAGACUCAUAAAUGAAAUCUGAGGAAUAUCGCUGCGUGAUGGAAGGUUCUAAUUAUUAUGCAUCAAUCUUUUUCUUUGAUUAUUUGAUUGUUUAAGAAACUAUAUCAACACUCGAUUCUGACAGUUAUCGGGUGAAGUAUUGGUUCAAUUUACGACGCUCUCUCGAGUCCAGUCGUGGAGCGCGGGCUCAUUUCUCGAACAGCUACUGGUUAUGGAGCCUAAACGAAGUGCGGAAACCUCAAAGCUCGGCCGUGCGUCGGUUUUAAACCCACUCCUCGGUGUCUGAAGAUCGCGUAAACACUGUACCUCGUUUUUAAUUUUGUCCCUGUGUAGGUGAACCGCGUGGAAUCCUGGGCAAAGAAAGCAGUAAACCAGUCCCCGUGAAGAAACCCUUACACCGGAGCGUCAGUUUUACGGAGCCUGAACACCAGCCUAAAGUAGAGAAACAAAUUGGACGUUGUAAAUCAGCUGCCACGCUGGAAACAAUGGCGGGUGCUGGCAGUGAGCCCGAAAACCUCUCGGGUAAGUGCCUCACGAUGCUGCUCCCUUGUUUUCAGAGCCACGAGAGCGUUUAGCGAUGUAAUCAUAAGUAUAACACCACACAGCGAAAUCGAAAUUUUUAACCCAUGACGGAGGAUCUGCAAGGUACUUAACACUUAAGAUCAUCACCCCUUUAGUGAUCAACAUGACUUUUCUUCUAACAAUAUUAAGAGAGAAGAUUGCUCUCAUAAUCUCCUAAAGGCAAAACUCUUUAAUCUUUUAUCAAUUUCUCUCAACUAAUCUUUUAAGGAAACGUAUGGAGAUUAGUUUGAAGAAUUUGUUCGUAGAUAUCGCCAUCAACCAAUUUACCUUCCUAUGUAUUGCUUAGCGUAAAUUUUUGUGUUGUCAUUGCUGUAUCUCGGAGUAAAGGCACUACAGUAUUUUUUUAGUUCGAGUUGCAUGUCCUUAGACAAGAAAACCUUGCUUAAAGUUUGGCUUAAUCUUGGGUUAAACUUAACCGUCUUUCGAGGAACCGGGCCCUGUUAUCCUUUUAGCUCGCUUUAACCAGGCCUCAAAGAGGAAUGUGCCAUUGCAUAAAUAAAAUGACACUCCCCUCGUUUUCGAGAAUUUUUUUGACUCGAAAUGAAAUCUCUACUCACUUCCGUCGAUGAUAGCAAAUUAUAUUGUCUUUCAGAUAUCAUCCAUUCGCUAUCUGAUUUUGACGCGGCUCUUGGUCGUGCACGCGUUCUUAGUAUCCCAGAAUCUCCUAGCCGCUCCGCCAUGUUUGACCUGGAACUCAGCGACAAUGAAUCCAGUCCCACCUCCCUGGAGGGGCGAUUUGACUUCCCAUGCACCCCAGUGAACGAGGACCUGUCCAAACAGUUUCUCAGUAUGGACCCUGAAGAGGAGGAUAAAAUGAUGAAAGCGGCAGCCAGUGAGAUUGCUAAAAGUCUUGAUUUACCGGUAAGUUCAGCUGCAGCGAGGCUUAGUUCACAACUAAUUCACGCGAGAAUGGGAUUACAAUCAACUCUCUCUUAGGCGGACACCUUUGUGAACGACACUAAGUGUCCGUUUAACGCCGCUUUCCAUUUGUCAGAACUGACCGGCCAGACCAUUCCCGUCGUAAUGACAAUUUUACUUUUAAUCAAAGCUAUCCAGCCACAUUAGUCAAAUCCUAAAUAGUAUGCACGAAGGAGAUGGCUUUUCAGCAAAAUCUCUUUGAAAAAUCUUAUUGCUUUGUCAAUAUGACGGCGGGCCAGUUCUGACUUUUGGAAAGCGCUCUAAAAGUAAUGUCCGUCUUGUAGAGAGUCAAACAGGGCGAGUAAAGAUAGGCAGGCACAAACUCUAGAUGUCCGUUAAGAGAGAAUCGACUUUAGUCGGGAUUUGUAUCGCAUACGGUCGAACUCUGUUCACGGACCUCCCCACCUCUUUCCCCAAUCCCUAGAUGGACACCUCCCGCGAGCACACAUUACAGCCAUGGUUCCAGAGUCGGUCAAACACUGAAAUUGUUACCCUCCCUUAGGCGGACUUUUAGUCAUGGUCCCAGACACAUACAAACACUACAUUGUUAACCUUCCUUAAGCGGACACUUAGUCAUGGUCCCAGCCACAUAACAAAGGUUACAUUAUUGAAAUUAAGCCAACACUUGUUUUUUUCUCAAAGGUGCUCGCUUAUGGGAGAUGUUGCGGCAUUCAAAGCUAUGACCGAUACUUUUGGUGGUCCAAAUACCCAACGCUGAGCGGUCACUUUUAUUAAAUUUGUGUCAUCUGAUUAUUAACCAAAACUUGUAAUAUAAGCAACUGGAUUGAGGGAAGGCUCUGUGAGAUUGAUUUAAAUCUGUUCAUCAUAGGACUCUUCACUCUUGGAAGGGAUUCUGUCUGUAGCCUGCAUUCCAUCAGGGACAGUCUUAAUAAAGCAAGCCGAUGUGGUGAGAAUAUGUGUAGUUCAGCUGUAAUCGUUUACUUUGUCUUCUCCCGCCCUCAAUCUCUUGUUCGUCAUAUGAGAAAUCAAAGUAUCCCCAGUAGAAGUAAAACACAGUCAGGCAAUACUGACUCUUCACCGGUGUUAUUUUUUCUUUUUCAACAAUUUAGAAAACGUCAAUUCGUACCACGUGACCGAGUUUUCCCUUUACUUGUUGUUUACAGUUUAAUACAUCUGCGUAGAAAUAAAUAGUUUCACGACAGUGUCAUCCACAAGAUUUUUAUAGGCAGUUUUUAUCUGCUCAUUUGUUACUCUGAGAAUUCGUCAACUUGCAUUUGGCGUUUGUUGUUUGUCGCAAACGUGAUUCUAAAUUUCGCUAUUAACAAGAAAGGACGCGCAGGAGCACAGGUACCCCAAGCUCACGAGUGAAAAUAGUGUUGCGUAACAGAAAUAUUGUAAGGGUUUGUAUGAAAAAUUUAUCGAUCGUUGGCCAGAAACGCUAAGAACAUACCACAAACAAGACAAUGAAUUAAGGUAAAAAGUUGUGAUGUAUUUUUAUUUUAGAAUUAAUGAAUAAUGAACGAAAAAGAUUGGCUUUUCGCUCCCUGCCUUCUUUCCGCCAACGUCAUCGUGGAACUAACGUGCCAGUCUCUUGCUACUUUCCUAAUCCGCGACCGCGUACAAAUGAUAGAAAAAGACUGGAGACUAAUCAGUUCAAACCAGAUACCUACAGUGUAAUAAAUACUAGUCUGCGAAUACAGAAAUACCGGUAGAAAUCAGACAACAUUAAUCAAGCAAGGCUCCCUUGGGCUUAUGUAGUUAUGGUGAUUCCUUCCGUUUUGUUUUGAUAGGACUGUAGUUUGUAUUUUGUUGUGACUGGAACGCUGGAAGUAACGCAGAAAAGUCUCAGCGAUGAUCAAGAGGUAAAUGUGUACAUUAUGAAAGCCCUGGGUAACUCUAAAUUUUUAACUGAGUGUUUCAAUAGGCUUUUUCUAAAAAUACCAUAAUAAUUUGGUUGUCCCUCCAAAAUUGGCAUAUGCAUUGUUUCAGUUUCUCUUGGUGUUUGCAAUCGCCCCUAGAGGAAUUUAAAACAAUGCUUAUGCAAAAUUUUGGAGGGACAACGAAGAGUAUUACGGAUGAGCUUCGGAUGAGAGCUUCAAGCUCAAACAAAAGAUUUUAGUGAGAUAUGUGAUCACUAAGAGGUUUUGCUGUGCAUAUGCAAACAGGGAGCUAAGAAAUCUUUAAAAAGAAGCACGUUUUUUUGUAGUAGUAGUUAUUGUUUUUUGUUUGCUUGUUUUGCUUUUUUAGUUGCUCUUAUUUCUCAAAUGACGCGUAUUUAAUGUCCCUUGCGCACAGCCGUCAUUUACCGCAAGAAAUUCUUGAGCCGUGGGAGGGACUUGUGUUAACUGCGCCAAUAACAAUAGGGAGUUUAAAAUACUACGACAGCAACGUCAUUUAAAAAGUGCGUUCGCGUUCUUUGAAACUUCAGCGCGAUUAACCCAACUCGCUCAUUUUGUCAAAUGUGGGCGAACUCUCUUAGAGGUGAAUUCGUCAGAAACACGUCUAAGUUCAAAAACAUUCGUUUGUUUAUUUUCUCGGUAAACUGUGAAAUUAGACAAUUUCUCGAAUAGCCGUGCAGUAUCCUGUUUACAUCAAUCUUGCCCGCGCUCCUAUGCUAAGUGAUGGAGAAAUCUGGCGGCCUCUUCCGGAUGAAGGAUACAGGCCCGAGAAGCCAUGGGCUGGGAUGGGGUGGGAAGAGAGAAAACCAAACCACCCGAAAGAGGUGCCAUAAAGUGGAGAGCGGGCAAGACGAGGUGUAUGGCCAUAACAACAAUCUGUGUGUCUUGUCUCGAAGAUGAUAAUGAAUGCAUGGUGUAUGUGUCUUAUAUAGUCGCUUGGGCAAGACCGCUGUAAAUAGUGAUGGGGAGGAAAUGCACCAAAAAGUGUGCUGCUCGCGCAAAUUUCUUUUUGUGCUAAAUUAAGGCUAUGUUCACACUAUACCGGAUCACUUUAGCACCGCCACGUCAAUUAUACCGGAUAGGGCUUCUGUUCGCACAUAAGAUUGGUUGUGGGGGCGCGAUUUCUGUGACGUAGCGAAGCUGCGCCGCGCCGCGCCGCGCCACGCCGAUCUCGAGAGCGGGACGUCACGUAUUUGAUAGGCUUUGUGCACUACUUUGUUGCGGUGUGAACACCUAUUCGGCCCGUUGCGGAAGUAGGAGUGAGGACUGGAAUCCUUUGAGACGGAAGUAAAUAUAGUUCAAGAGUAAGGAUUGGAAUUUAGUGCACCAAACCCUCUCGGCCAACCGCGCCGGUAUGAUGUUCGAUGUGUGUGAACGACUUGCGCCGCCCCGGGCCCUUGCUGUUCACACUAUGCCAGAUAGCUUUUCGUGGCGGCACGAAAACCUGUCCGGUAUAAUGUGAAAUAAUAGCCUUUAGUAAAAUCCAACUAGUGGUGUAUUAUCAAUGCUGCGUUCUGAUUGGUUGAGCUACUACUAGGCUAUAUGUUAUAGCCCACUAGUAGCGAAAAGCACCGGCUUUUUGGCGGCAAAAAAGGAUUAAAGUCUAGCUUUAACUAGCUAAAGUUGUUUUUUUCUCGAUAUCUUUGACCAAAUAGUUAGAUUUUACUAAAACAAUUAUUCCCCUCGCCCUCAUGGCCUCUGUUCGGCCUCAUGGGCUAUUGCCUCAGAGCCCGUUCGGGCUCGAGGAAUAAUUGUUAGAAACCUAUUGCUUUUCUGACUCUUUUGAUUUGACAUCUGAAACUCCCUUAUAUCAGUAAUAUCAUUAACAUGGUGGAACUUUCGUCGUUUGUUUUGCAGUACCAUUUGUACACAGCCCUCCCUGGUGAGUUUGUUGGUGUACUCGCAGUGGUAACUGGGGAACCUUCCUUUUUUAAUGUUAAAGCGACUAAACAGUGCCACGUGGUGAUCAUCAGUAAAGCUAACUUCUACAGGUGGGUACUUAAUAAUCGAAUAUUCCUUUUAAACUUCUAAAACAUAUAUCUAGCUGCGAAACGUGGAGGUAUAUAUCUAGCGCUAUGCUACGACUCUGAGGGGGAGAGAUGUUUUAGUAUUAACCAAAUAAGUUUGAUUAAAAAAAACGAACAUUUAAGUUUACGCUUUUAAUUAAUAGCAGUGUUUCAGAGAUUUGCAGAUUGCAUUUACACGGCUCUGUCGCAAAUCUAGUUAGAAAUAAUUUUUUACCUACCAUUUGACACCGGCUGGAUGGGCCAAGUUUCGUCGACUUCGUGUUGGUUUGGUGGCUUCAAUUGUCGCUAAAACUUGCGUCUUCCGAAGUGUUCGGGAAACAGGAUGUCCGACUGACUCUCCUUUCAAAAUAGUGAAUAGCCAAGGAUAUGCCGGGUUAUGGGAACCAAUCAAAACGCGGAAAACUGUCAUCCGCUGGUUUAGUAAUACAAAUCUUGGAUUUGCCUGCGUCGUACAAAUGGUUUAGACGAGUGUGUGGGCCGGCUGCAACGCAGGCUAAUCUUGGAUAUUUCGAGAAUCUUGAGUGUGAUAAGAUUGAUCGUAUCAGAGAUCAGGGUUGCUGAUCAUUUUACACAAACCAUGUGGUUAAAAAUUUCGUGCAUAAACAAUUAACGAUUGAAUUUGAGCGUGCGGGAGAAGGACCCACAACAAAGUUUAUCCAAAUCAGCUGGCGAGUCUAAUAAGAGUAGAAAAACUGCCAUCGCCUCCCUCGGAAACCCAUAUUUUCUGUAGAUUCCCAGGGCUGUCACUUUUAAGUUGCCAUGUAUAUGCAAUAGGAGGCUAGGAGGUUCUUUUGCUUCUGAUUUUUUUUAUGUUCCCUAUUAGAGAAAACGGAAAUCCCGGCCCCCGAAUCCGGUCCCAAAAGGAAUUGCCAGAACUAUUGAAUUUUUCCAAAUGAGAACUUCUGGUUUCCCCAAGUAAAUAAAUAUAAAGUAACCAAGUGACAACAUCGCCUCUCCUUUCGUUACCGUUAUAUAAAUCGCAGCCUAUUGCACUGUGAAAAGCUGCAAGUUUGGGAGACUCCUAGAACAUCCUACUCCCUCAAAUCCCACCGCGAUGAUUUUCUAACCAACACUUGAUUGGUUUCUGUUACUUCCUCUUUUAGAACUUAUACUUAGGAUCAAGCUGGGCUUUUAAAAUUUUUUUUUAAGAGUAAAGUCGGUCCCAUCAGACGUGUAUUGUUAACCAAGUUUAGAAUAGUCAGAUUAUGUUACUUAAGAUUAUUGCUUGUUAUCGAUUGUUAUCGAUCAAUGGAUAACAAUCGAUAAUUUCUUCCCCCUGUGAAUUCGAUUCUAAUCGUUUUCAGCUAUCGAUCGGCAACAAUCGGCGAGUGGUGUCGAUUGAUAUCGAUUAUAUCGAUUGAUUUCCGAUAUCGCUCUCUAUCGAUUGAUUAUUCCUGGGUUCAUAACAUUAUUGUUUCGCACCUCAGUUCAUUUGCAUGUCGCUUUUUUGUCCCCAAUAGAUAAUAAAUGCCUGCUUUGAAGAGCACUUUUUAUGUUUAAUAGCUCUCCUAAUGACCGUGUUUAUAAUAUACCUUUGGUGUAGGCGAUGUAUCAUAGACACUGUUCCCAAAUAUAUCAUUAUUUUGAGUAACUAAGCAAUAUGACGCCUGUUACUGAGGGAUCAACUAGUUCAUUUUCAUAAUUUUUCAAAGAUAACCGUUUUGGGGUGGGGUGGGGGAGGGGGGAAUAUAAUUUUUUGCAGAGAUACAAUUGGUCGUAUUCGAAAUUACCUUCCUUCCGAUGGAUUGAAAAUGUUCAGGUGAAUUCCCUUGUGAUUUCCAGGCUCGACUAUUGCAACAGUCUCUUAAAUGACAUCCCAAAAUACCAGAGAGAUAAGUUACAAAGAAUUCAGAAUACCGCAGCUCGAAUGAUAACAGGAGCCCGCAGCUCUGACCACAUUACACCUUUAUUAAAGAGCCUGCACUGGCUACCUGUGGAAGCAAGGAUUCACUUUAAGAUUCUUCUUAUCACAUAUAAGAUCUUAAAUGGACAAUCUGCUGGAUAUCUGGAACCUCUGAUUAAGGAUUAUCAUCCAACAAGAGCUAUACAAUCGUCAUCCCGUUCGCUAGUAUGCACCCCAGCCAUAAAAUCCAAAACAUAUGGAGGACGCACGUUUUCCACUGCAGCACCUCAGUUAUUUAUCACUACCCCAGAAUAUAUCAAAAAUGCGGACAGUGUUGCUACAUUUAAAACAAAACUUAAAACAUUUCUAUUCAGGAAAUGAUUCAAUUGAUAGGAUUUCUUAAAGUUUUACAAUACUUGAUAAUUGAUUUUCAUGCCUAACAUUUUAGGAUCUUUUAAAAUUUUAAAAUACUUGAUGUAUAAUGUCACAAUUGAUUUUCAUACUUAACAUUUCAGGAUGUUUAAAGUUUUACAAUCAGCAUUUUUAAAGUUUUACAAUACUUAAUGCAUAAUGUCACAUAGGUUAGAGUCUUUAAAUAACUAAAUGAAAUGAUCUUUAAUAGGCUUUCAUAAUGUAAAGCGCAUUGGGGACAGAAAUGCGCUUAAUAUGAAUCUAUAUAAUUAUUACUAUUAUUAUUACUAUAUAUCGUGUCUUAUGUAAUCUACAUCUAUCAUUAUUAUCAUCAUCGUUAAUAAUAAAAAAAUUAUUUUUAUUAAAUAUCAUUAUCAUUUCUAGGUAGAGAGUUCUCUGUUUCAUUUCUAUCUAACCCCUCUUUCCAACCCCUUUCCCCCUUCCCCCCCUGCCCCCAUCUUCCACAAUAUCAUGAGACACAGACACAGCAUGGAGCUGUGUGACUAACAGGGAAAUUAUUAAUGAUACAUAGGCAACUUACUGGGAGUCAAAUUUUCAUAAGAAAAUUGCUAUUUAUAUAUUUUGGAAAUAAGGCGAUACAGCAUUUUAAUUUUUUUUAUUCUUCAUCUUCUGGGGCGUCUUAUGAUCGUUUAUUUAAGUAAGGUACUCCGGAAGCUGCAGCGAAAUUAAACAGCAGGUUUAAUUUUUUUUGCUCAUCAAAUGCGUAGUUGUUUUAUUAAUCUAUACUGAAAAGAUUAAUUUCCCGCUCCGGAAACGUCGUAGAAAAGCAGUGUUAAAAGUACGGCUCCAGGGUAUAUUCAUUUAUUCAAAGAAAUAUUUUGAUGUCAUCGCGACGUGCUUUCGGCUCUGUGAUCUUAUCUGUCAUUUGAUGUUUCAACGUCAUAUAUUGUAAAGUGCUACUUACUCAUUCGUGUGUCUUUAAAAAAGAUUGCUGAAACAGUCUUUCUGUACCAAAUGCCAGAAAGAGUGCUCCUGAAGGCAACACAUUUUCACCUUGCACCCAUGAACAACCUUCAUUGGAACCGUUUAUUAAGAAUUUGCGCGGGUGGUUUUAAAAUAAUAAUAAUAAAAUAAAUUUAAAAUUACCUUAACAAUAAAAAAUAUCUAUACACGUAUACUUGGAAAUGUAAAAAAAAGGCGUCUUUAUCCAUUAAGACCAAUGGAAUACAUAUAUUAUUCAACCUGUCAUGAUUCCGUUUAUGAAACUAGUAAACUGUGUGUAAUUGGAAAUUUCACCAAGGUUACCGUUUAUGAAAUAGGCAGUGAUGUGUUGUUUGGCAUUGUCGUUAAUUUGUUUGGGUGGAUAAAAACGUACAGCUGUUGCAAACUAUAACAAAUAACUACUAUUACUACUAUAACUAUAACUACUACUUGUUAUUUGUUGGCGUUCUAAGAAUAUAGCAGCAAAUUAUUGUUUUCACGGUUCCAGCUUAUUGACAGCUGUCACGGAGACUCAAGUGUAAAAGGGCGGGAUUUUACUGAGGUGAUCAUUCUAAGCUGACAUCGCUCCCUGAGUUUCGUUUGUCAAUUCUUUUUUCGUUUUGCGUCAUUUGAAUUGAUUGUAGUUCGUCGUUGAGUGUACUCAUAUUUUUGUAUUCUAGUUCAACCUAUCUCCCUCGAGGUUCCUGUUAAGUGUCUGGCUCUGCUUUCGGGAGGGUUCUGGUUUCCUCCUUAGUUAAGGGGGUUUUCCUGACGGGCAGCAGACACGAUAUCAUCUUUAUUACAUUAUCGAUCAAAGAACUUUACUUGGCACUAGUUAAAUUUUUCCUGCUUCACUUCCUUUGCAGUACGUAAGUGUUUGUAUUUGUAUAAAUAAACGGUGACUAAUGUUCGCAUUACGCUCGGCUUCUAUCCAGUGCAGCAGUCAGUUUUCCUAUUUAACACGAAAUGAUUUCAUUGUUUUUUCACUGUUCACCGGUUCAACAAUGGGGAAUAGGGAAAACUAUUUUAUCAGUUAAACAUAGCUUUCAGAUGUUUCAAGCUGCUUGUGAUUAAAUGCUUGUUUCAUGAUCUUUCCGAAGACUAUUUUUCUCAAGACAGACCUCGAUUUAGAAGCUUGGAAGCCCAGAGCUACCAAGCUUCCCAAGGUUUCCUUGAGUUUCUCCUAUUGUAGAAAGGGUAAAUUUGGUCCUUUUUUUUAUCAGUUUUGAAUGUCGCUGCUUUUAGUCGUGGGCCAUUAAACUCGUUUUUGUUUAGGGAACGGGCAUCGGCUUUUUCCAAACACUUUCUUCAUUUCCUUCUUGAACGCGUUAUUUCGUAGCGAAUAUAACCAUGGGUUUAUCCCAGACGAUCCGAAAGCAACAAGCUCAACCCAAAGCCAAACCAAACGCAUUCGUUGCUUUCUGCAGUGGUCCUUCGUCGUCUGGUUGACAAAAGAUGUCACCAGGGAGGGAAACCAUGAAACAAAAAACAGCGCUACGAUAAGACCCGCAGUCCUGGUAGCUCUUAGGUUUCGAGCUCUUUCAGCAACAAGCUGAGAUCCAUGCCUUUGAGCGCUUAGACGUGCGAUAUUUCUCGACUGUUUUCUCGCUUGCCCAAGGAUAAAUGAGUAGAAGAGAAAAAUCAAGACCAUUGGGAGAAGAAAUGUAAUUACCGUGACACACAUCCAGAGCGUUGGCAAGUUAUUAGGGUUCUUGAUCAUGACCCGAGCCAUGCCAAAUACAAUGGAUACAAUCCAUACAAGCGAUAUAGCAAAGUAACAACGCGUUUGUGUGACAAUCUGGCUGUAUGACAGGGAAAAACGAACUGCGAUGUACCUAUCCAAGCUCACCACACACAAGCUAAAAGUUGUGGUUACACUUGUCUGUAUCCAUAAAAAAUCGAUGACUAUUCUGAACGGGUGAUCAACCGGACGAGGCGAUAAUACACACCGAGCUAUCCACACUGGGUCAAUCACCAGUCCUACUAAGAGAUCCGCCAGUGCUAAUGAGCUCAGCAGCACGUUGGCAGCGGUUCUGAUAGCGCGAGAUUUGUGCAUGACCCAGAGAAAAGCUGCAUUGCCAAGGAUGGCUGGUAGGGAAGCAAUUCCAUACAACACGGCCAGGCUCACGGACGAGGAAAGUGAUAUAUCUCUACUACAAUGGUUUGCCAUCUUUGAAGUUGACUCUAAGCGUCACAUAAGUACAAAGUUGCUUUUCCCCACAUUGACGUUCAAUAAGGAUGCGUGAUAUGUAUUCGGAGGGAGUGUUUAAGUAGUUUUUAAAAUGCCCCUGAGGCAAACUUUGCACUGAUCACCUAUGCUCUCUCUAGAUCCCAGAACCGCAAGUGUUACAUCACCCCUAGAAUCAAUUUCAUUCUAAAAUUCUCGAGUUAAAUACAUGCACCGAAGCCCUUGCUAUCGCUCUACAUUGUUUAAAAAGAUGUUUUUUUUGCAUGAUGCCGUCUUCACAACAAUUAAAAUUUUAUGCAAAUGACUUUAACUUUGACAUUGUUGACUUCUAUCGGGAGGUCUGAUGUUUAAUUUUUCAAGGACAAUAAAUCCAGCCCAUCACUGUGGAUUUCAAAUUUCGUAAUAUAACAAAAGAUUUCCAAGAAUAGAUCAACUGGAGACUGGAGAAUAAUUGGGGGAAACUAAAUUCCCAUACAAAGAAUAUUCUCUAAUAUUAAACAUACUAAAAACUAAGAAGUAAAAUUUAAAUGCGGCCCAAAACUAACCUAAUUAAAUUGCAUGCUAAAAUUGACGCUAAAAUAAGAAGCAAACUUUAAAUACGGCCCAAAACUAACCUAAUUAAAUUGCAUACUUGUCACUCACGAGUUACACCUGAUUUAAGAUUGACAUAAAUGAUCCAAUAGAUAGGACUUAGAACUGCUUAAUGAAGGUGCGUGCAUAAUGUUCGAUAGAAUCGUAUUCCAGUCUGUUAUGUAGCGAUUGAAAAAUGAAAAUUUAAAGUAAUUUGUACGUGUCUUCUUGGGUCUUAUGUUAAAAUUAUGGUUCCUACGCGUUUUUGCUAAUACAUUAAAAUCAAGGAACAUAUGAGGAUCUAUGCCACAGUGUCCGAGAAUAAUCUUGUACAUCUGCACUAAGCAGAUAAACGUUCUUCGUAACUCAAGCGAAGGCCAUUUCAGGACCCCAAGUCUCGAUCUCCUGAUAUUCUUUCUCUGAUCCGCAAAUGACUCGAGUGGCUCGCCUCUGUAUUGACCCUAUACUUUUGAUGUGCUUCACUAAAUACUGAUUCCAGACCUGAGAACCAUAUUCCAAAAUAGGACGCACUAAUGUCUUAUAUGCUGUCGAGACUCCUUCAGAAUUGUUUGGACCAAGGGCUCGCCUUACUAAGCCUAGAACCUUAUUAGCUUUAGCACAGUAUAGUUUAUAUCGUAAUCCCAAGACAGGGAAGACUCCAGCAAGACACCAAGGUGUUGUGGUGAUCUACUGCUGAUAAGGGUUUGUCAGACAACCAGUACUCAUGAUGAUAUGGAUCCUUGGAUCUCGGUAGGUGUAGGACCUUGGACUUUUCGGACUUCAGAGUAACAAGCCAGGAGUUACACCAGUCAUAGGCACUUUGGAGGUCAGUUUGAAGAUCUUCACUAUCCGACUCUGAAGUAACUUUCCUAUAAAGAGUCAACAAAGAGUCCACAGUUACACUUAACUGCUAAAGGAAAGUCAUUAAUAUAAACAAGAAAGAGCAAGAGGCCCAAAAUACUGCCUUGAGGCACGCCAGAUGUUACCUCAGACCAGUCGGAAGAAUGGCCAUCAAUUACUACUCUUUGUCUUCAUGUAGUCAUGGUCAUGAUGGUGAUGAAACAGAAUGAUUUUAGAAGGAGAAAUUAAACAUCGCGCAGAAUCGCUAUUGUUCUCGGGACAUUUACUUACAAGAUGCGAAUGAGUCAGUCGCUGCAGAUGCUUCUUCUCGUGUUUGUCUGUGCUGUUGUGGUAGACUUUGCAAGGGUAACAGAGGAUUGAAGAUGCAUCAAAGGAGUUGUAGAGUUGUUUUGGGUUUCAAUGAUCAACUGCGUGCUGACCUCAACGAUGCCAUACUCACCGACCGAGAAUCUGGCGAUGUAGGUGAUCCUUUGAUGGCCUCCGGUGUCCCUUCCCCUCAACCUGAAGACCACUGCUUUCCCAAAAUUAAAAAGGGAAUAAACCUACCUAAAUCUGAAGAACAAUGGUUAACGGCCAACGAAUAUUUUAAAUCCGUAUUAUCUCUAAAUCCUCCAAUCACUGUUCAGAAUGUCAGCUCACGUGUUAAACUUCUGAACGACACUGUUUAUGACUCUUUCUCUGCUAAUUUUGGUCAAGUUGGACAAGCUCCUGAUGCAACAGGGGCACCCAACGACAAUUUUCGGGAAAAUAUCUGUUCGGAAGACGAUUUGAGAUCUAGAAUUUUCGGAGCAUUUGUUGUAAAAUUUCUUGCUUGCCUGCCUCUCCUAGGAUUUUCGAACAUCUACAAAAUGGUAUAAUUACCCAUUUUUAACGGAUUUUGACCCUAAAAAAGGCCACCUAGAAUUUUCGGGAGCCUUUUCCUGGCUGAAAUUUUCGAGAGGGAAAAUUUUUAUCCCUAUAAUUUUCGGAUCACUAGACUUCCAGCUAGGAAAUCCGAACAGAUGAAAAGUUUGUAGGGGAUAAAAAUAUGCCUAUAUCUACCGUUUGAAUACUAAAAUACGUUCAACAAUGCUAUGUUAAGUGGUUUUGAACCAUAUCCUCGUUGGGUGCCCCUGAUGAAAGCCUGAUAAGGAAAUACGAAGGCAAAUCUAAAAAUGGCCUGAAGAAAUCUCUCAAAGUCUUGAAGCAGUCCGCUAACGCUGACAUCACAGAAAUCAAUACGUAUCUCGCCUAUUGCGUGACAUACUACGAGACAACACGUCGUUUCAAGUCAACGCUGACCUGAUGAAUCGUGAUUAUUCCAUCUCUAAAAAUUUCAGGGGAUAUGUCAAAAGGAUCUUCAACAAAAAAGAUGAAAUCCUCCCUUCGUUUUCCAUGAAUGAGUGUUUUGAUUACUUUGCAAUUAUUAGAACUCUUUCGUCAGUAAAUCCGACUAAAGUUUUCAACCUUCCAAGCUGGAUACCAACUUUAUCAGAUCCUGUAAUUCCGUUUAACCUUGAACCUCCCAACAUACCAACAGACCUCAAAUGUGAUUAGAAAAAUGAAGGCGUCUGGUUCUCCUUGUCCCCUAGAUCAACUGUCGAUAAUUUGCUUCAAACGAUGUCCUUUUCUUCGCACCUAUUUAUCUGAAAUUAUACGCACAGCUUGGUCAACUGGAUCCGUCCCAAACGAAUGGAAGCGAGCCUUCACAAUCCUCAUCCAUAAAAAGGAAAACGCUAAUGACCCUGCUAACUUCCGUCCUAUUACUUUACAAUCUGUGCCUUUAAAGAUUUUUACCUCGUGUCUUCGUAAUGCCAUUUUCAACUUCCUCUCCGCUAACAACUACGUUGAACAUGAAAUUCAAAAAGGAUUUACAUCAGGUCUUUGUGGAACUUUUGAGCACACUGCUCAAAUGGCUGAUAUCGUUACCAAAGCUCGUACCAAACAGCGUUCACUCGUCAUUACUCUUUUGGACCUUAAAAACGCCUUUGGUGAAGUUCAUCACAACUUGAUUCAAACCGCUCUUGAUUAUCACCACAUUCCCGAUCAUAUCAAAUCACUGGUGAAAAGUCUUCACACUGACUUCAAAACCUCUAUUCGUACUCCGUUUAUAUCUGUUGGUCAUGGUGUACUCCAAGGUGAUUGCCUUAGCCCACUUCUCUUCAACUUGUGUUUUAACACGUUUCUACAGCAAAUUAAAUCUGAAAAAUACCGUCGAUUUGGCUUUUCCCUCAAGUUCUUAAAUCCCAUCCACUGGUUCCAGUUCGCUGACGAUGCCGCUUUCAUAAGCGGUCAGGAAUCAGAAAAUCAACAUCUAAUCAAGCGCUUUAUAAUUAGCCUGCGUGGCAGGCGUUCGAAAGGGAAGAGGAAGAGAAUUAGGGCGCGCCCCUCGCGUUUCUCUCGCGCCUAAAACUCCCUUUCCCAAAACUCCCUUUCCCUUCCCUUUCAAACGCCUGCCUCGCAGGCUACUUUAUAAUAUAGAUUUAUAAUCUGGUGUAAUUGGUCGAACAUGAUAAUAAGAGUUGAUAAAUGUUCUACUUUUGGAAUACGGAAACUGUGCACUAAAUCUGUCCAAUAUUUACCCAAACUAUUGAUCAAUGGAGUUCUAAUUCCUUGUGUGGAAAUGGGUGAAUCAUUUCGUUACUUAGGUCGCUUCUUUGACUUCAACAUGUGUAACAACCAACACGUCUGAAUUGUCCUCUCUUGUACAAGACUUGAUGAAUGGCAUUGAUAUAAAGCCACUGCAUCCUAAACACAAACUUCUUCUGUACAUCCGCUAUGUCCUAUCUAAACUGUCCUGGCAUUUCACUAUAGCUAAUAUAUCCAAAACCUGGAUAACGGAACAUCUCGACUCUUUAGUGAAUGGCUAUAUUCGAAAAUGGCUUGAUAUUCCGAUAUCUGGAACACUGAGCAAUGUUUUCCUAGAACGCAAUAAAUUUGGUCUUAAUAUCUAUUAAAUUUACUCAGUGCUAAACAGUGCUACGAAAUUCAUUAAAAGAGUCACCAAAUGUUUCCUUAAAAGAUCUCUGGAAAUCGUCAAGCUGUCACACUAAUAUUCGAUAUGAUGUGUACAAAUCCACUAAAUAAGGAAGUUCUUAAAGAUUUCCGUUCUAAUCGAGAGGAUAAACUGCAACACCACCUAACAUCUCAAGGUUUCUUCUUCUCAAAUUUUAUCAAGUAUUCAUUGUCAUCUGUAAAUUCUAUUUGGUCAGAGGCCCAGUUUCAUCUACCCAUGAACAUUUAUAAUUUUACCGUCCGCUACAUCAACAACUCCCUCCCUACACGUAAGAAUAUGGCAAGAUGGGGAUUAUCACAAAGUCCUGAUUGCUCCUUUGCCUUAAUCCUGAAUCACUCCCUCAUGUUGUCGCUGGUUGUCAACAGUACCUUAAUCGCUUUACCUGGAGACACGACUCAAUCCUUAACUUCAUUGCCAAAUCACUUCAACCUGUAAUUAAUGUUCACUCUUCACUCUAUGCAGAUGUCAAUGGUUUUCUGAAUCCCUCAAUAAUAACUGGUGAAAGUUAUCGUUUUACAGAUGUGUGAGAUUUGUAAAUCUCUCCAUGAGCUCUCUUGGCGUUUUCUCCGAUGAAUGCCCCACGUUCUUAGACAUGAUGAAUGACAUUGGCAUUGACAAAAAGCAGCAACUUUAUAUAAUCAAGAAAAUGAUAAAUUAGCCAUUAGAGCAACAUAUGACAUCUUUAGUUGUAGAAACAGGAACUGGGAUAGCCCAGACUUAAUACAAUUUUGAUUUCUUUUCUUUCUUUCUUUUUUUUUUUUCUGCUUUUGUUUUGUUUUGUUUUUUUUUUAAUAAUCCAAUCUCAAGCAGCCAAUUGUAAAUUGCCUAUACGUAGCGAGAUUUACAAUUGUACACUCAAAAACACAAAGAAGGUUUCCAUUAUUAUUAUAUAUCGUGUUUUAUGUAAUCUAUACUAAUUUUCGUUUAUUUUUGAUAUUGUUAUCAUUAUUAUCAUCAUUGUUAAUAAUAAAAAAAAUUAUUAUUAUUAAAUAUCAUUAUCAUUAUUACUGCCACUAUUACCUUUCUAGGUUUCUAGUUAGAGAGUUCUCUGUCUAACUCCUCUAGACACAGCAUGGAGCUGUGUGAUUAACAGGGAAAUUAUUAAUGAUACAUAGGCAACUUACUGGGAGUCAAAUUUUCAUAAGAAAAUUGUUAUUUAUAUAUUUUGGACAUAAGGCGAUACAGCAUUUUUAUUUUUUUUAUUCUUCAUCUUCUGGGGCGUCUUAUGAUCGUUUAUUUAAGUAAGGUACUCCGGCAGCUGCAGCGAAAUUAAACAGCAGGUUUAAUUUUUUUGCUCGUCAAAUGCGGUAAUUGUUUUAUUAAUCUAUACUGAAAAGAUUAAUUUCCUGCUCCGGAAACGUAGUAGAAAAGCAGUAUUAAAAGUACUGCUCCAGGGUGUAUUCGUUUAUUCAAAGAAAUAUUUUGAUGUCAUCACAACGUGCUUUCGGCUCUGUAAUCUUAUCUGUCAUAUGACGUUUGAACGUCAUAUAUUGUAAAGUGCUAUUUACUCAUUCGUGUGUCUUUAAAAUAGAUUGCUGAAACAGUCUUUUUGUACCAAAUGCUCCUGAAGGCAACACAUUUUCACCUUUCAUCCAUGAACAACCUUGUUUGGAACCUUUUGUUAAGAAUUUGUGCGGGUGGUUUAAAAUAAUAAUAAUAAAAUAAAUUAAAAAUUACAUUAACAAUAACAAAAUAUCUAUACAUGUAAACAUGGAAAUUUAAAAAAGUCGCCUUUAUCCAUUAAGACCAAUGAAACACAUAUGUUAUUCAACCUGCCAUGAUUCCCAUUCUGAAACAAGUAAACUGUGUAAAGGUUUGUUUAAUUGGAAAUUUCAUCAAGGUUACCGUUUAUAUAGGCAGUGAUCUGUCGUUUGGCAUUGUCGUUAAUUUGUUUGGGUGGAUAAAAACUUACAGCUGUUGCAAACUAUAACAAAUAAUUAUCCUCCUUAGAUUGAGCGGCUCCUAAAAUGAAAUAAAAUAAACUAUUUUAUGAGUUAAACAUGGCUGUCAGAUUUUUCAAGCUGCUUGUGAUUAAAUGCUUGUUUCAUGGUCGCUCGGAAGAGAACGUUUCUCGAGGUAGACCUUUAAACACUCUUCUUAGUCCCGAUUUAGAAACUUAGAAGCUCAGAGCUACUAAGCUUCUCAAAGUUUCCUGAAGUUGCUCUUAUAGUAUACAGGAUUAAGUUCGUCCUUUUUAUUGCUCAGUUUUGAAUGUCGCCACUUUUGAUCGUAGCCGAUUGAACUCAUAUUUGUUUGGUGGUCGAGCAUCAGCUUUUUCCAAACACUUUCUUCAUUUCCAUCUUGAACGCGUUAUUUCGUAGCGAAUAUAACCAUGGGUUUAUCCCAGACGAUGCGAAAGCAACAAGCUCAACCCAAAGCCAAACCAAACGCAUUCGUUGCUUUGUGCAGUGGUCGUUCGUCGUCAGGUUGACAAAAGAUGUCACCAAGGAGGGAAACCAUGAAACAAAAAACAGCGCUACGAUAAGACCCGCAGUCUUAGUAGCUUUUCGGUUUCGAGCUCUUUCAGCAGCAAGCUGAGCUCCAUGUCUUUCAGCGCUUAGAUGUGUGAUAUUUCUCGACUGUUUUCUUGCUUGCCCAAGGAUAAAUGAGUAGAAGAGAAAAAUGAGCACCAUCGGCAGAAGAAAUGUAAUUACCGUGACACACAUCCAGAGCGUUGGAAAGUUUUUUGGGUUCUUGAUCAUGACCCGAGCCAUGCCAAAUACAAUGGAUACAAUCCAUACAAGCGCUAUAGCAAAGUAACAACGCGUUUGUGUGACAAUCUGGCUGUAUGACAGGGAAAAACGAACUGCGAUGUACCUAUCCAAGCUCACCACGCACAAGCUAAAAGUUGUGGUUACACUUGUUUGUAUCCAUAAAAAAUCGAUGACUAUUUUGAACGGAUGAUCAAACGGACGAGGCGAUAAUACACACCGAGCUAUCCACACUGGGUUAAUAACCAGUCCUACUAAGAGAUCCGCCAGUGUUAACGAGCUCAGCAGCACGUUGGCAGCGGUUCUGAUGGCGCGGGAUUUGUGCAUGACCCAGAGAAAAGCUGUAUUGCCAAGGAUGGCUGGCAGGGAAGCAACGCCAUACAACACGGCCAGGCUCACGGACGAGGAAAGUGAUAUAUCUCGACUACAAUGGUUUGCCAUCUUUGAAGUUGACCCUAAGCGUCACAUAAGUACAAAGUUGCUUUUCUUCACAUUUACGUUCACUUAAGAUGCGUGAUAUGCAUUCGGAGGGAGUGUCUAAGUAGUUUUUAAAGUGCCCUUAAGGCAGACUUUGCGCUGAUCACCUAUACUCACUUUAGAUCCCAGAACCUAGAGUGCUAUAUCACCUCCAGAAUCAAUUACCUUCUAAGAUUCUCGAGUUAAUUACAUGCACUGAAGCCCUCGCUAUCCGUCACUCUACAUUGUGAAAAGGAGAUGGUUUUUGCAUGGUGCCGUCUUCACAGCAACUUAAAGUUUAUGCAAAUAACUUCAACUUUGACAUUGUUGACUUCUAUCGGGAGGUCUGAUCUUUAAUUUUUCAAGAACAAUAAAUCCCGCCCAUCACUGUGGAUUUCAAAUGUCGGAAUAUAACAGAAGAUCUCCAAGAAUAAAUUAACCCUGUGGUGCAAAUAUUGAUAACUAGCAUACGCACACCAGCCCAGCCGUUUGUUUAGAUUAUUAACAUGUCACUAACUUCAAGUGAUGCCCCUAAGAAAUAAUUGUUCUGCCGACUAUGGGAGCAGCUGUCGCCUCAUCUGCCAUCCCUGUAAUCUCUGAGUUACUAGAAAUGACACAUAGCUGAUUCAAUACUCUAAAAUGUCUUCGAUUUGUUGUUUCCUUUCGUUUGAUUUCGUUUUGUUUUUCUAAGAAAAUAAUCAUUAAAACUGAACAUUGACGUGUUCGUCAAAAAAAAAAGUGUCACAGCAUUGACUUCCGUAAGGAUCCACUCUUGUUCAUAUUUUUUGAUGUAAUAUAUCAAGCAUGAGACGCAGUGUUUCUACACCAGGUGAAACACCGAUAAAAUAGUUGAAAAUACGACGCGCAGUGGAGUAUUUUUGACGAACUUCGAUGGUGAUGAAAGAGUGUGUCGAAUGCUUGAUAUUACUUCUCAAACAAAAUGAUUUUAGAAGGAGAAAUUAAGGAUGCAUAAAAUGAGAAGACCAAACACUCUUUAAACAUUAAUUUGAAUUGUUAUUAAUGAGUUUGAGAAGUCUUUAAGAACGCUUUUUUUGUUGUCAUUAAAAUCUCCAAUUUGAAAAUGGGGAUAAGAGUGCACAGACGUCUGACAUUUUAGCUUAGUCGAUUGGGUUUGAGAUUAUGCGUCCUCCAGAGAGAUUUAAAGUCACGUUUACAGAAAACAGCCAUCGUCAGAUUUAAGUUGAGAAAUUCUCAAAAUAGAAAAAGAGCAGAUAAAAACAGCUCAUAGCAAGUCUUCUGAAAAAAACUGGCGUGAAUCUACUGAUUUCCAUGCAGGUAUAAUGAAAAGUGAACGACAAGUUAAGGGAAGGUUAGUCACGUAAUACAAUUCCCAUUUGCCGUUUGCUGUACACGUGAUUCUAAAUCUCUAUCGUCAUCAUCUUCAUCAUCAUCAUCAUCAUCAUUAUCAUCAUUAUUAUGAUUAUUAUGGUUAUUAUUAUUAGUAGUACAACUAUGGUCACGAUAGUUUUGGUAUUUUUGGCUAUUUUAAUUAACCACCAGCUUUACACCUUCAUCCAGUUAAAAAUAAAAGAAAACAACUUUUUUUUUUUUUAAUAGAAGCUGGUCUCUGUUUUUCAUAUUGCCGGACCUGACCUUAAUCUUCCUCAGUGUUGCCCAUCCGUGCCCCAUUUGCCCUUUCUGUGUUUCUUGUGUUUUCUUCUUCAGUCUGAAGCAAUCAUUUUAGUAUUUCGAUCAGAUCUGUGUUCGCUUGGUAAACAAGAAAUGGUCUAGAAUAGUGGUCUAACCCCGUAGAAUAGCAUGACCUCACUUCUCAGAAUGACAUGACGUAGCUGCGUAAAAUGGCGUGACCCAGUCGAUUUGAUGGCUUUCCAAUGUAAACUGAUUGUUCUUUGCUUGCAGUGUGAUUCGUCAGAAGCCUCGAGUCGUACUGAAUGUCGCGCAUUCUCUUAUCAGUCACUUGUCUCCUUUCCUGAGACAAAUUGACUUUGCCUUGGACUGGAUGCACGUCGAGGCUGGCAGGGCAGUUUACAGGUACAGUUUGUGCGAAUUCAUCAUGAUGUGCUUGUAUUCUCCUUCGUCCUUCUUUAAGCUUUUACCUUUUAGCACUGUUGACGACUACAUAGACAAACAGGAAUUUCACGCUCGGCCAACCAGUACAGAAGAGGUUUUAAAUUUAGAGUAAUUAAGUUACACGCGGAAGUAAAACUAUGUUGUUCUUGAAAAAAAAAUUCUUGUCAAGAAAUUGAACGGACAUAUUCCACGAAAGUUAACAGACAAUGUCACGUGAACGCUGUCGGCGGAGAAAAAAACUAGGAUAGCGCGAGGCAUGCGUGCGGUGUGUUGAACGCGAGUGAUGCGAGAAACGAGGGUGGUGCGAGGGAAAGCCAGGAACCGAAUCUUUGUUGACGUUGCUUGCUUUGCAUUUUAGGCAAGGUGAACAGUCUAACUGUAUCUACAUUGUGCUUAAUGGUCGUCUCCGUUCAGUUGUAACACUGAGUAGUGGUAAAAAGGAACUGGAUCGUGAGGCAGGACGAGGAGAACUUAUGGGAGUGGUGAGUGCUGGGACCUUGUCACGAACUUGAAUGACCGUUUGUUCUAGAGCCUUGGUGUUUAUGGAGGGGUUGUGUGUCCUAAUAGAAAGGGAAUACAAACCGGGUAAGCUCUUUUUACCUCAGAAAAAAAAAAAGAGUAGAUGUCAAGCGCUGGGAGGGGGGGGGAUGGGGUGGGGUAGGUUAUCGCAACCUGAGAAGCGAGAAGGGUACUGGAAAACCGCAAGUGUUUCUGGGAUCGUUACUAGGGACGUGCCGGUCAGCUAUUGGCCAGUUUUUUCCCUGUUCUUAGUAACACUCCCAGAAGUCUUUGCGAAUGGUAACUCGUCCUAUGGGUAUUAUUUUACCCAUGGUAACCGGAAGCGGAAGAGAAGAAUUGUUAGAGAGGAAUGGUCAGUGUUUUUACCUGAGAGGAGAUGGUUUAGAGUGUAUUCAUGGGUGGUCUUUACAAAGACAUGAUAUAGUCGCUGUUUAACACUCGAAGAAGUAAGUAAGCACCCAUCUGGAGCUUUUGAAUAGUCGUCUUUACACGUUUACCGAUCUAUUGCUUUCUUAGUGAAAUAAAAUUUGCGCGAUCGGAUAACUGAACUUUUAAACAGUUGGUCUGUUUAAGAAGAUUUCCUCUUUAGCACGCUUCGUUCUUUUCUAUUCAGGUCGAAGUCCUAACCCAAGCUCCAAGAGCAACAACUGUUCACGCCAUACGGUUUGUUCAUGUCGCUUUUUGCUUGUGUGUUUGUUGCUGUUUUCCUGGGGGAGCAGGAGGGAAGGGAGGAGUUGUUGGGGGCGGAAAUGCGAUCCUACUUUUCAAUAGAGAGUGAAAGCAAGCGGUGUUCAAACUUCUUUCCCCCAAUUUCCACCUCAACUGCGUUAAGGCAAAGCCGUGCAAUACAGUCGACCAGGCUACGCUGAUUGAUUCUGUCACUUUUUCUUUCAUCGGGGGUCGUAUUCGUCGUCCCAUUAAAAGGGAGCAUCACGCCAGAAUACAACUCAUAAGCAAGUAGUAAACUCGUCUUUUCACUUAAAAUGUUUCGACAGGCCUUAAAAUGAUUCACCAUUUUAACGUAGACCAAAAAGUUUGCAUAACGACUGUUUUCAAUUUCUCCUACAGUCUUAGUCAUAAUUGCUGGGACACUUUACUGUCUUCUGGCCCUCCUAAUGUUGGUGUUCAAGAUUUGGUGAGUUAACUGCGAUGAACGACAUUGAGAGGAAGAGGAGACUGGCAAGGAGAAAAAACAGCGUUCAGUGGAAGUGUCCCAGCUACUUUUGUCUGAGACUGUUGGUAUUACUGUCGUCCCAAGAGAAAUCGAAGACAAUGAUAAUGCAAAAUUUGGUUGGUGGGAAUAAACAAGGUGCAUUAUAAUCUAUUUGAAAAUGGCGAAUGAUAAUCAAACCUUAGAUACUUCAUAUUUAACACAAUUAUUUGUAAUUUCCCACGACUUCAUGUCUGUUUGCGUUUAGCUGAGGAUAAAGGCUAGGGGACUCUUCGUAAUAUCUGUCUUUGAAGGUAUCAUGAAUCCCAUUGGCGUGCAUUCUCGCACAUAAGUCCUACUGCUUCUGUGGUAAUAAUUGUCUUAAAUAUAUGAGAUAUCUGUAUUAAUAUAGGGACACUGAGCUGGCGGUUCUUCCGGAUGGUCUGCUUAAUACAAUCAAGAGGCAUUUCCCACAGGUGCCCUGUAUUUAUUAUUUAUUAAUACUGGUAAUAAUUCGGUCUGUUAACAUACGAGUGAUGAACAACGCGGGAGCCCGAUUUGUUUAAUUACGAGUAUGAUUACAGACUGAAUUGGACGACACGAAGUUCUGUUACCAUUUCAUCAUAAUUAGUGAAAAAUUGUGCUAUCUUAAGCUUUCCUAAAAUUAAAACGCACGAUAUUACGAGAAUUUUUUUUUUGUUUGCUAGAAGUAAAAUAAAAGCUCAUCCAAGUGCGCGCGCUAUGGCGUGUCGUUCUUCCCGAUUACUUAAACAUGAUGUGUACAGUCCUAUUAGUGCUGAAAUCAGGACAGUUGAUAGCCAAUCAGAUUUGAGAAUUUUGUUGUGGUUAUGAUUAGAACCAUAGUAACAAAACAGGGAAGACAAAAGCGGUGUUAGUUUUCCUGACAUUUUAAAAGUCAAGCCGUCCUUGCCGUCCGAAAUUUCGGGAAAACUUCUUCCAAUGUCUUUACUGUUUUGUCGUUAUAGUUCAUUCGUCUUGGUUUCAACAACAGGAUUUGGAUGUCGUCAUAAUUAUUAAAUUUCCAGUAUUUAUACUUUUUCCACUGAUUUCUUUUCUUUUAACUUUGUUCAUGUCCCUUUCCUUAUCAUGUUACACAGGUUGUUACUCGUCUAAUCCAUUUGUUGGGUGAAAGGCUACUGGGUCAAUACAGACGAAGUUCCAGAAGAAGCGCAACUUUGCUCGGUAAGCAUAGAUUUUUUUGUCCGUUUUCGAAACCGCCGAAAACCUCCGUUUCCGUCCGUCCGCACGAAAACCAUAAGCCGAAUUUUUCAGAAAAAAAACUGCACUCUAGGUACACGAAAACGCCGUUAACAUGUGGACGGAAGGCGAACACGAAGAAGAAAAACUUCCGGUUUAAAAAAAUGCUUGGAUACGUGUCGACGGGGCCUCAGUUAUAUUCCUGAAAUCCCCUUAUUAGGGCUUGUGAGAUGCUCUAAUCUCUAAUACAUGAUGUACAACUUCCUACCCGUGAUAGAGGGGGUAGUAUUUCGAUGAAGGAAAAUAAAUAAUCACGACGUUCACAAAGAAACAAAACUUGUUGACACAACAUUAAAAAUCUAUUUUUCAAACAAGCGCCAAACCUGAAAUGCAAACAAUGUUUGUUCCAUAUAAGCAGGGGUUAACGAAUCUGGCCACCUCAAGCUGUCUUCACAGUUCCACUGAUACCAGCGGAUCUCCACCCUGUCUAGAACAUCUGGAGUGUACCAAGAAAUUAAGGUCGCGGAAACUAACUUUACGACGUUCUUCUUAAAUAAUGGUGUGGAAAUCAAGAUUUGCAAAAAAUGAACGCAAAUUUAGAUACCCGUGUUCAUUUCAUGAAGCGUGGACUUCUUAAAAUAAGCUAUAUCGUCUCUGACGUAACCUUUUUUGUUGUUGCUCAGAAAAUCACCUACCGGUUGAUAAUCAGAUAUUUGGAGGAUCAAAUCUCGGCACAGUCGCCAUCAUCCCUGCCUCUGAAGAUGUACCCAUAUCUAAUUUCUCAUUUGAACUUAGCUUAGCGCUUCACUCAAUAGGUAAGUGCUAAGUAAAGAGAAAACACUUCCUAAAUAUCCACAAAGAGUUUACCUUGGCUACCAGAGGUUUCUUUCUCGUGUGCGGUGGGUUGCUCCGGUGUCUGUCGCAGGUCGACAAAUCUUCGGCCGAAGGCCGAAUCCACUAGCGGUGAGCGGGUCAUUAUAAAAGAGAGAUUAAGAUUCACGUUUACCGCAAACAGCAAACGUCAUACUCAAGUUGAGAAUUUCUCAGAAUAGAAAAUAAGGAGAUAAAAACAGUCCCGAACGAUUCCUAUGGUUAAAACUGGCAUAAAACUACUUAUUUUUAUGUAGAAGCAAUAAAGAGGAAACGGAAAAUACGGGGAAAACUUGGUGACGUGGUACAAAUUCACGUCUGUUGUUUGGCGUAAACGCGAAUCUUAAUCUCUCUAAAGACUUGAUCGAAACCUCACAUGAAAAGUCUUUGGCACCCAAGGUACAAAGAUUGUGUUGAUGAAAAAGUAAAGGUUACAUGACGUAGCUGUUUAUUCCUUAGCCAACAUUGACGUGAGCAGUGUACUACUUGAAUGUUGGAGUUUAGUUUUGGAUUUAGUUUUGAAUGUUGGAGACUUGGAGUUUAGUUUUUCGUUUCCUUUUCGUCAUAGGUCCUACUCUUUUGCUAACCAGCUCGUUGGUCCGAAGUAGGCUUGGUAGCUCAGCAUUAGACAGGUUUGUGAUUCAUGUUCAUGCAUAGAUAUGUCUCCCGAGAACAGCAAUUGUGGAGGGUUUUUUGCGUUGCGUAGCAGUUGUGCUAUGAUUGAGUUCAUUAUUCCUUACCUUUCAAGCUAUAAUACUUUAGCUAAUUAUGCUGUGGAGUGGAUAUGACGGGUUUUAGAGUCUUUUCAAUCUCUUGUAGUACGCUGUUUGAGUAUGGGAACAUUUCAGCGCCAACAGAAUAUCACAUUACGCAAGCAAACAAAACAGAAUAGGCCUUUAGUGAUACCUAAAUUUAGUGUCAUAAGAAUUCUUCCCAACACAUGCAUCUUUUUGCGGAAUGAAGUUUUUUUUAACCGACUACCUUUCUUUCUAUUGAUAGCAUAAACGAAUACCGUCUGUCGAGCUGGUUAGGGCAACAAGAAGAUCUCCACCGUAUAGUUCUGUAUCAGGCUGACACCUUCAUGUCUGCUUGGACGAAACGCUGCAUCAGGCAGGUGUGUGUAGAAUAUCGCUUUUUUUACUUGAAAAUAUAAAAAGUAACCCCUUUUAUAGUAAAGUGCACUUAGGUGCUCUUUCUUCAGGCACUUCACUAAAAAAAUCGCGAACAAAUGAUAAUAGGAAAUAACAUGGUUAAAAACUCCAACUGGCAGAAGACAACCAGUUGCUAUUUAAAAACACGGACAAGGGCUGUAACUCGAGACUGCCUAGAAAUUGAAUGUUGUAGUUUACGUUUCGGGAUUCAGUCACCCUGUCACUCGUUAACUUCGUUGGAUGGGUAGGGUAGAGGGAUAAGGGGGUUUUGAGUGUACCUUAGUUUCUGACAUUUGACAGUACAACAGGUGAAUAAGUUUAGGUAAAAGUCGCUGUUACAAGCUGACAAUAUCCCAAAAGUGAACAGGCAAUUAUCCGUCGUGUGAUCACGACAAAAAUAUUCUUCAGAGAAAGGCUAGCAGGUGUACCGUAACGUAACUUGCAUGGGCAGUGUUGUAGUCAAAGUACUCAUUGGACUGUUGCCUUUAUUCUGUAGGCGGAUAGCAUUGUUAUAGUCGGUGUGGCAGACGGCAGUCCCACAGUAGGACAGGUAAUUUUUUAGUCUAUUGUAAUACUUUGAUUUUGUACUUAUUUAAAAGUGGCUAUGAUAUCAUGGUAAUUCGGAAUAAUUGUGUCAAAAGGUUUAAGGUAAAGCAAAGGUAAAGCAGUCAUAUUUACGUCGAUAACCCGUGACAGUAAUGCAAACAAUGAAAGUAAGGUCGACGAUGCGCUCAAAGCAAAAGACAUCCCGCAUUAGUACUUAUUUCAGGGUUUCAUAUUUUCAAAUGUGUUUUAAAAGUGUUGAAUGAGUUCCAAAUAAUCAUGACGUAGAUCUUUCAGACAACCUUCCCAGGUGGAAGAAGUUUGUUGCAAUUUUCCCAGGGUCCCAAUUUUGUCUGAGGUAGUAAAGUUAUGUAUCUGCUGGUGUUGACGCGAGGUUUGAUUGACUGCUGUACUUUUUACGUCGUAAUCAUAUCAUAAACGUCGUCGUUGUUUUUAUUCAUCGUCAUUUAGCUUGAGAUGCAACUGGAGAACAUUGGCGUGCGUUCCCAGAAGGAACUCAUCCUCCUUCACCGCGAGGACCCCUCCAAGGGCUUCCGUACUUCGCAUACUGUUGACUGGCUCAACGCGCGGGGCUGGAUUUGCGCGCAUCACCAUGUGAGUUUAACAAUUCCUUUAGCCUUUUUUUGCCGCUAUCCCUGCAUUGUUGACACCUGACACCCCUUACCUGUCUAAAGGAGUGUCUAUUCGCACGAAUUGUUUGUGUUACGUCAGUUAUUUGCUGUCCUCAUGAAGCCCUUCGAAACCUAUGGUUUAAUAGACCUUUUUACGGAUACGGACCCCAGGGGGCAUGAGCACAUUUCGUUUGUAUUUUCGAGCGCUUUUCGGGACAUUUUUUCUUAAAGUUUUCUUAGAAUAAGAUUGUAAUGGGAAAAAAGAUCCUUGUGCCGUGUUUGGAUGUAAUAAUGAUCGCCUUUUCUAGUUUAGUAUUAGAAAUAUGGUCUUUCACUGUAUAUUUCUUGGGAAAAAGGCGAUCAUUAUUACAUCCAUUGAGUUGCGAAAUGUAAUAUGUAAUAUGAUUUUUCUUUCUUUUUUUCUUUUUUUUUUGAGAUAAAUUUAAGUAUAGAAUUCAACUAUUUCAGUUUUCUUUUCAAUCCUGUUUCAUCCCAGGUCCGAUGCCCAAAGAAAAUUUUUGGCAGACGUCUUUUGUCUGAAAAGGUAUGAAGUCAAGAGUUGCCACAUAUGUUGUGUAGUCGUUUUAUGAAGUCAGGAUUCACGACUUUAAAAAAACUGAAUCGAGUUAACUUUCGCAAAGACUUCUGGUACUGUUUGUAGGAUCAGGGGAUAAAACCGGUCAAUAGCUGGCCGGCGCGUCCCCAGUAACCAUCCCAGAAACAAUUGCGGGAUGCAUUUCGGCACCAAGUUGCCUUCUCGGUUCUAAAUUGACUGAUUGAAUUGACUGAAUUUUGCAUUCUUUUCAUUAUUAUUAUUAUUCACUGUCUGUGUGGUGUAUUUUUUUAACGAACCCUUCUAUUGUGCUGCAGUAUGCUCACGAUCCAGCCAGUUACCCUCUGCCCAACAGGUGAUUAAAGCAUUGUUAUCUACGUAAUGAUUGUUGUUGGUCGCUUUUAUAGUUGACUUCAUUAUUAUAGCUAUAUGGUUAAUUGCUAGGAACUUUGAUAUUUCACCGCAGUCAAACGAGCGAAACAUUUGGAAAAGCUAAUCAAAAUUCUUUGAAACUAAGGUUCUUGGUUUCACCGUUUAGAGUUUGAUAUCUUACCAAUUCGUCUUACUUACUGAACGUUUCGAAGGUGUUUUUGAAAGGUUCUGAGUGUUUGAAGACUGUUAGACUGUUCACAGUCCCCUGUUUUUUCGUAAGAUUGUCAGGAUUGAGCGCUUACCGGAAAGGGGCGCCAAUUUUGGUUUCAUAUAUACCGAGGGGGUGGGCGUCUGGGUUUACAGCAAGAUUUGACACUCAUCCAAGAUAGCCACCCGUAACCAAAGUCUUCGAUCUCGACGAUCUUACGGGAAAAUAGAGGACUGUGAACAGUCUAGAAAACUGUCGGCUCCAUUUGUCGACAUAAUUUAUUGUACUCAGGCGCGAAUCAUUUUAAACGAAAAGAAGCUUAUCAUUAUCAGGAAAAUGCAAAGAUAAUUAGGUUAGGUAUGUCUUUUAUACAUCCUCGCCCAUUUUUCCCCUUAAUAUUAAAUGAAAUCACAUUAAAAGGAACAUUAGAAUGGGAACAAACGUUUGAGCACGAUGAAGGUUGUAAAGUUAAAAGGGUAAACGCUAUUUGAGAAAAAACAGUUCGCACUCUUUCCAGAUAAUUUAAAACUGUUUCAUUAUGUUAAGUCUGUCUUAUGUGAUGGAAGUAUUCAUGAUGUAAAUUCGAGGAACGAUUUUGAUGCUAAAAAAAAUAGAAAAUAACCGUCGGGUUAAAUAGGCUGAUGUAUUUCGAUAGUUGCUAACUAAAGUUUGACUCUUUGAACUGCAUAGAAACUCAGAUUUUUCACGCCUUGCUCGAAGACUAACCGGAACGUCCAUUGGAUUGGUUCUUGGAGGCGGAGGCGCAAGGUAUGUGAGGAGUUCACUCUUUCAGUCUGAAGAGUUAGAAGUUGACUGUUUUCACAGUCAAUUAGCUUGGAACUCCGUCAUAAGGAAUUACCAAAGGACUGUGGGAAGUGUAAUCGUGAUUAGUAACGGUUUAUGGGCGUUCCAUACACUUGGCUCUUUAUAAAACAGGCGCCCAUUACAUCGGGAUUAUUCGUUAAGUCAAAAAGAUAAAAGAUAUUCACAUUGAGAGUAAUCGUGAAUAUCCCUCCCCGUCCCUUCCCCAGAUUACAAUUUUGGAAACCUAAUUACAGUUGAACCUCCCUCGGCCGACCACCCAAAACUUGAUUGUCGUUUACAAGAGUCGUACCACAUGAGUCUAUCCUGGGGCCACAACAAGUUGGUGGCAGAUAAGAAUUCCACUUUAUUUGUUUUCUGUUUGAUUUUAGAGGGUUGUCUCACGUUGGGGUCAUCAAAGCUCUGGAAGAAGCAGGUUGGAUAUUGUUUGUUUAUUUUUUAUUUGUUUUGUCUUUAUCUUUGUGUGUUUGUUUGUUUGUUCUUGAUUGAUGAAUGUAAGAGAUGAGCUCCUGGUGGGAUUGUGUUGACGUCUCUAUUAUUUCUUCUUGAAAUUCAUUUUAGACCCUGAAAAAGUCCAUGGAAAAAUUUCAUUUGCCCAAGCUGCUCUUGAAUCAUGUUCUUAAUAACUUGUUUUUUAACCCUUUAAGCCCCAAUAUCCACCAGCAAAUUCUCCAAACUGAUCUCUAUACAUUUCUUUAAAGAAUAAGUUUGAAUUUGAGAAAAGAUCAAAGUAUUUUCUCUUUGGUGAUCAUUUAAUUAAUUCUCAUAACCUAAUCUCUUGACAUUGUGUGGAUAUCGUUAGGAGAAAAUUGACGUUGGUCACUAUGGGGACUUAAAGGGUUAAAGCGUAACUGAGAGUGGAGAAACAAGCCCCUUAAGACUUAUAACUGUAUAAGUAUUUAUAACGGUCCUGAAAGCCGUUGUAAUAUUCCGAGACUUCCACUCAACUAAACAGGGACUAUCACUGAUUAUUUGUUUCUCACGUGGCCUUGACUAAAUUUAAAUGUAUCCCGGUCAUACAUCAGCAUUGUACCCCGUUUGGGAAAAACAGUAGCACGUGAUCAAAGCAUGGGUGAUAUUGCCGUGACAGAAAGCGGGAUAAACACCUUGUUUCGGGAAACAUCGGCACAUUCGGGAAAACAAAACUAUGUGUUUCCCUGACAUUAAGUGUAUAUUGAUUCUACUUAUUCCAUCACCAUUUUCUGUCAGGUAUCCCUAUUGACAUGGUUGGUGGCACCAGCAUGGGCUCCUUUGUUGGCGCAGCCUACGCAGAGUCUGGUGACGUCAACAAGAUGUGUCAGAAAGUCCGCGAGUGGUCAAUGGUAAGAAUGCUUGUUUGUCCUAUUUUCCCGAGAUUCCUGCAAAAUUUCCUUUGGCAUAAAAUGUCCCGGUCGCUGUUAUUGCUUCUGGCUAGCUAAGUUUGCGGACCCGUGAGCGAAGGCUCGGCAAAAGUGGUGCGCAGGCAUUAUUCCUUGUUUAAACCAAAACACGUUUAAACAACAUGUAAACACGUUUACGCGUUCCUGGUGUGAAUAGGACACUGUGCAGGCUGCAUUCUACACGAGACGUUACACGGAAAAUAUGUUUCUUGGAAGAAAUUUUAUCUGACAGUGUGCGCUGCAAAGGUAAUUUAGACGAUGACGUCUUUUUACUACUACUAAGACUAGAAUUCGUUUCGUUUUUUUCUUUCAUAUUUGAAUUUGGUUAUCUCAGUGAGGUUUAAAUAACAAAAUCCCAAAUUUGCACAAGAAAGCAAAACCCUGAAGGAUUCUGGUAUUAGUAAUAAAAUGAUGUCAUCCUGCAAAUGGCCUUUUUAACAUUCUAGUUGGGUUUAAUUGUCACCUUUUGCAUAGAGCGCAGGGCAUAGAUACUCAACACCGAAAAAGAUAAAUAGUUGGGCUUAUGGAUGCCAAUUGCAUCACUGUAACGUACAUUCUCUGUAAAUUGAUUUGCGUCUCUGUUCUUUUCGCUUUGCGUUUGAAUUUCCCUAUUUGGUUUGAUUUCAGGAUAUGACAUCCAUUUUUAAGAAGAUUCUAGACCUCACUUAUCCUUUCACCUCAAUGUUUUCCGGUAAGUAAAUCUUGCUGUUUCUUUCAUUCGUUUUAUCAUCAUCAUUGUCGUCAUAAGCAUCAUCGUCAUCGUCACCAUCAUCGAUAUUUUCCUUAAUCGAAAUACAACCCCUUCUAUCGCGGUUAGUUAUUUCUGCAUAGGGUAUCAGGGAUUACUAUAGGCCCAAAUAAUGAUAAUAACAAUGAUAUUCCUGCUCCUCCUCCUCUUCAUCAUCAUCAUCAUCAUCAUCAUCAUCAACAUUUCGUCAUCAUCAGCAUCAUCAUAUUCAGUCCUUAGUUAAGAUUUAAAAAAUCAUGGCUUAAUUCUUAAAGGCGUUUAUAUUGCUGUUUUUCACAGGAAGUGGUUUUAAUGCAAGCAUAAGAAGCACUUUUGCAGAGCGACCAAUUGAGGUUCAUUGUUAAACUUGACAAUAGUUUACCCGCUAAACUUUUGAAGAAAUUUGUGUAAAUGCAACUUAAUCUUUAAUCUCACUUAAAUUGCUAAACAGUUUCUUUAUAGCUAUGACAUCGCCUUAGCUGAAUACGCCAAUUUCCAGCUUGGUGAACUCCGCUAGCCGUACUAAUCCUAAAUACUUACAAGCUCUGCUGAGAAAGCAACAGAAGUCGUAAAACGAUUGGUCUUUUCAGAGGAAUUCAAUUCCUAAUGAGACUAUCUUUGAAACUUUAGUAAACUAGAUGAUAAAGACGCAUUUACCCGACAAACAAGAUUUCCGGUACAUGUCUUUGUUAAAAAACAACUACACCAGCUUUUGAGGAAGAACAGGGUGAGAUGAAAGCAUGUUGAGUUAGGACCCAGGCAAAAGCCCAUAACCGGGGACCAAUAUACUAGAGGUGUUCAAUACCGGAGAGGUUUUAACUGUACUUAACUAUUUUUAUUUACCAUUACCGUGGUAGGAUCUUCUGUUGCCUUAUUUUUGCAUAACGACUGACAUCACCUCAUCGAGAAUGAGAGUUCAUACGGACGGUAAGAUCAGUUGUUCAUUCUAGUUAAGAAGUUACAGGUAUCUCAUGGUUUCUGUAUGUUGGUCAAGUUUAUCGUUUAUAAUCCAAGUUAAUCUCCUCCUUCUUAAACCAUUUUUUGUCCUUUAGUACAAAUAGUUUACUCAAACUCCUUCCCUGUUUUUCUUUCUCAUUUAAAAAAACUCAUUUUUUUGAAAAUCUCUUUUUCUGCAAGGUUUGUCUUCAAUUUGCAAAAUCGUCACUCCAAAUUUUGUGGCCGAGCUUAGAAACGGCAACAACACCAUCAGUGAGCAGCGAACGUUAUUACAUAACAACAUACAUGUACAUAACAACAGUAAAGCGCGUGCUCCAUUGUGUCAUUUACUAUUUGCCUAUCGGUGAAUGCUAAAAAAUGGCAGCGAGCGCUCAAAGCAUUACACGCCAAUUUCUCGGCGACUAUAUUUUUUUUUUACAUCGUAGUCUUUUGACACUGACAGAAAGUUGACAAAAAUCGCCAAAGGUAAUAUGAGAAAAAAAAACAGUUUUACAAUCCACAUUGAAACGAAAAACUCCUUUUUCUUUUGAUUAUGUUAUCAAACAAAUGGUAAACGGCUUAGCGUGUACUAUUGAGUUAUGAUAGCAUUUGGGAGGAUUGCUAAGCACUCAAGAAGUUAGAGUCGCACUCGGCAAUUACCUCGUGGGACUCUUAACCUUUAUUCGUUCUUAGCAACCUUAGUUAUUCACUAAAUUCUGUUUUUAUUUCAUUGAAGGCUGUUUAUGGCGUUAUGUCCGUGCCAGUAUGUCCUUAUCCGGUUAUCUUCCUCCUCUGUGUGAUCCCAAGGAUGGACAUCUGUUACUGGACGGUGGAUAUGUCAAUAAUUUACCUGGUAAGUCUAGUUGUUCCCUUGUCUACUGUACUCUUUCCCUUACAAGAAAACUUCCUUUGACACUGCUUUUUCUCUUAUGCAAAAAUGUAAGCUGCCAGCUCUUGCAAAAGUUGUUUAACCUUGUACAGUGUUUUUAUACUUACUGCUUAGAAGUAUGGUUUCUGCUGCACUUGACUUUAUAGCAGUAACUUUGUAGGAUGAAGACAGAUUCUUAAAAUGACGUUCUUGUCCUGAAAUUUUCCUUUGUUUUUGAUUCUUUGUUUUUGUUUUUGUUUUUGUCUUUGUUUGUUUGUUUUUUUUUCUCUUUUUUUUUCCUCUAAGCUGUUUUUCGGCGUCCUGUUUUAAUCUAAUAAUUUAUUCCGUUCAUUUCGCCUGUUUUGUGCUAUAUCAGCGGAUGUCAUGAAAACUAUGGGAGCCCAGACGAUCAUAGCCAUUGAUGUCGGAUCAGAGGAUCAGGGUGAUCUUACAAAUUACGGUGAUCAGCUGUCGGGAUGGUGGCUGUUGUGGAACAAGUGGAAUCCUUUUGCUGAAACCGUCAAGGUUUGUGCUCUUCGUCCAAAAAAACAAGUCGGGAAACAAGUUAUUGUUCAGUCAUCUGGUGUUAGCGAAUCAGUCGUUGGGGGGCGUUUAUUUUUUUUCCGACUAGCAAGAUUAAGGAACACAUACUACAAUACCUCUCUCCUGGAAUAUUCUGAUUAUCCAUUCUCCUUUUUUAAACCUUCCUAACAAAGAUCAAACGAAACGUUUAUUUCAGCAAAAAAUCUUUGGGCGGGGGGGGGGGGGGGGCAUUCCAAUUAAUACCCGCUAAUAGACUAAUACCCCCCCCCCCCCUCAAAUUUUCUUCGUCUGGGGAAAGGCGUCGAAAGUUAUCUCUGAUUGUUAUGGCUGUGUCUGCACCUUUGUUCGUUGGAAUAUUCCUGAUGGAUGUAAGAUAAAAAAAUCUUUUUUAAAUCUUUUUUUCCUUCGUUGGUAAGGGUCAGCUUACCUCUGCCAUAAGGGGAUGCUACUAUUUGGAAUGGCCAAUAUAGGGGUUACUUUAGAGACUGUGGUGCUCCGUGGUUGAGGGAGUGAAAUGCAAUAAUGUGGUUUCAUGGCUAUUUAAUCCAGGUUUGGCUGCGUAUUUGUCUGUUCCAUUGCUAUUGCUAUACCAUUUCAGAUUCCUAACAUAGCAGAGAUCCAGUCCCGAUUAGCCUAUGUAUCAUGUGUGAGACAACUUGCGGAAGUGAAAGAGAGUAGCUACUGUGAGUACAUCAGACCUCCUAUCGACAGGUAAUGCAAUGAAAAGCAAACAUGUCUUUUUUAUUCUCCUUUGAAUGAUAGGCUCGUGUUCGCGUUGACAUUACAUUGAGUUUUCGCGCAACGCAUGCUAACCUGCCAAUAGAGCGGCGUCUCUCCGUUCUCCGUCCUCUGCGGACGUUCCGACAGACAAUCCAACGACGGGCGGUUUCCCGUCAUCGCAACUUAAACUUGCUGGUUUAGAGGCUUCAUCGAAUAAAUUCACUGAUUGAGCGUAUUAUCAAGCUGCCUAUUGGUUUAUUUAACCACGGAAGAACUACAACCCCAGACAAAACUGUUGAGACAAUUCCAUCUAUUUUCUAACUUUUGCGCCCUACUCCCGUCUCCCCUAAACACAAAAAGUAAACCCCCUCCCCACCCCCUAUUCAAAGUUGCCUUGGUCUAAAAACCAACGUGUAUAAUUGCCAUGCUAUCCUAAACAACUUUGGAUAAGGGGAGGGGGGAAAUCGGGCAUUCAUUUGGCGGCGGUUUCAGUUUUUGCCGGGAUGACAGGAAAAAAUAGGCAUUUUCGCGAUUUGUCUCAACAGGUUUUGUCCGGGGUUGUAGCUCACUCUCGGUAGAGCGUUUGACUGCAAUGCAAGACGUCGAGAGUUCGACCCCCCGGGGCCGCCCCUUGACUCCCGAACCACCCCGGGCCCGGACCAAUACUCAGAGCCUUAGAAUGACUGGUAAAUGAAGGUAUUGCUCUUGCCCUGCAUUAACUAACCCUUUACCUUGGCUCGGGUGACUACAUAAAAAGGCGGUGCCGCCUCCAGUAGAAGACGUUAAAUAUUGUUCUGAAUUAGUACUUUCGUCCUAAAUAGAUUGAAAUGAAGUGCUUCUUCCUUUUAAUUUGCAGAUUUAAGACCUUAGAAUUUGGGCGGUUUGACGAGAUAGUGGUGAGUAAUAACAGACCUUCCCGUCGAUUUGUAAAACAAUCAUAGCUAUUGUUAUAUAGCUGGAAAUUUCUUCUCAACAGCGUGCGGUCUCAUUGGUUACUUCGAGGUCAUAUGACAUCUAACAAUGAAACUGUUUCCCGCCAAAAUCUCUGAGCAGGCAACAUUGCAAAAAAUCUAUGACGUCAGGGGGUAACAAUGCAAUGUUACCCGCGAAUGUUGACUAAUGACCGCCGUUACAGCGAGGUUUAAUGAAUUUCCAGCUUCAAAAUUUCCAGCUAUAUAACAAAUCACAUUUUUUACGUGUGUGUAUCUUUACGAAACACUUCCAUUUGUUUAUUUAUCAUCCCCCAGGAAGCGGGUUAUCAUCACGGAAAAACGGUUUUCGGUGGCUGGGUAAAGGGAAACAGAUUACCUGAAAUUUUCAAUGAGCGCCCGUCUAAAAGUCACAUGACCCAUGUAUACGCAACGUCACAGCCUGCUAGUAAGGUAAGAAACGCAAUAGAUUCGUCCGGAAUCGAGCCACUUCGGUCAGUCCAGUUUGGCUAUGCGUUAAGAUGACUAUGAGUUAAUGUUUUGCGUGUUUACGCACAUAAAUUUUACGCGCGUAAAUAGAAUAGAGGCACUGUAUGAAAGAUCACGCGUAACGUUAAAGUUGAACCUCGCUCAACUUUUACGCGUGAUACUUCAUACAUCACCUCUAUUUUGUUUAUGCACACACGUAGUAUUGAGGUAGAGUUUGUCCUAUUGCUGCUUUAUUCUUCGCCUUAAGGUUGAUUUCCACUGUCGCGUUUUUGGCUACGCACUUUAACCCACGUAAAUUUUAAUCAGGUGAAUAAAAUAGAGGCAAGAUAAAAAGUGCCGAGCUUAAACGAGAAGAUGAGCGAGGUUCAACUUUUACGUUUACGACCGACCUUUCGUACUUUGCCUCUAUCUUAUUUGCGAGCGUAAAUUUUACGCACGUACGCACAUGAAAAUUACGCGACACUGGAAAUCAACCCUUAAUGUGUACCUCUUUGCAACGAAAUGACUUAAAAAGCUUUUAAGAACAUGAUUUUCCUAGAUUUCGACGAGUAGCACCUUCACCAAUUUAGCAGAACAGAUAUCCCGGAUUGAGCCUCCCUAUAUCCACGAUUGGCUGCCAUACUCUUCUUCCGAAGAUAUGUUAAGUACCAGUGCUCCAGUCGGUCAUCAUAUGUUCUCUGCCUCGGAAGACGAUGAAGAAGACGAAGAUGACGAGACUAUGGUACGAGUGAGACCGAGAACAGGGUCCCUAUCCGAGCACGAAGAAAUUUUGGCUCUUAAAGCGCAGGCGCAGGCCAUUAUUCGACGGGAAGAAGCCGGAUAUGACGUAAGUCACUCUCGUUUGAGCUUUUCGUCACUUACCUUGGGUUAAUGCACCUAUCCAUUGUUUUGAAUACGUCAUUAGGGACCUUAAGAUCUGGUGUCGGCGACGGCAGUCAAAACGUCGCUGAAAAAGGGAAUUUGCGUUCUUUCAAUCUUCAUUGCGAUUAUUCCAAGUCACUAACUUUGUCAAAUGUAGGUGAAUCCUCCUAAAGUUGAAUUCCUAAGAACCAUAUCCAAGUUCAGACAGCGAUAGGAAACUUUGUCGUCGCUUGUGUAAUUCCUCUGUAAAACGUGAAAUGAGACAUUUUCACGCCGUAGUAGUGCAGUGACGGCAAAGAAUGUACAAAAACGCAUGAUGUACGUGCAAAAUUGUUUUUUGGGUUAUUAAACCUAUUGCUUUUUUGACAAUCUCGUUGCCGUCGCCCUCGUCGGAUCUUAAGGUCCCUACUAUUUUUAAUUACCGGUAGAACAGGCCUCUGAGGUGGAACAGGAGGUCAUUAUCACGAAUAAUAACCUACUGUCCCAUUUCAGUGGCCACAAUAAUGACCUGCUGGUUCUAAAACAAUUGAAAGGUACAUUAAAUCGAAUAAUGCGCUCGCCCCUUGGUCUUCAAUAAUAACCUCGAGCUGCGCGCUCGGUCAUAAUUUUUAAGAAGGCCUCUGUGCUCGAGCAUUAUCCUAUAUUGAAAUAUUUGAUUCAUCUUUUCCUAAAACAAUAUAUGUGUCUUUGACAAUUUUCUUUUGCAGUCUGAUGAUACCCAUCUACGAAGAAGAAUGGGACCACUUCGAGUUAACACUAUUUCGUAGAAGUUUCCUGGCCUCUGCACCGUAUAAUAUGCAGGUAACUGAAUGCCCCAGCUGAACUUUUCUGCCAUGUGGAAAAUAAGACGCUUAGUAACGCAUUACAUGGACAAGAUGUUUUGGUCUCCUCAGAUACAAUUGACUCAAUUUGCAUUAGUGGACGAAUGACUGUAAACUCUCUGUGUGUCUUAGUGCUUGGAACGUAAUUAACUCUACAAAAAAGAAAGAAUCACUCAAAUUCAGCUAAAAGGAAUUUAAACAAGCCUUAGAUUGAUGCUGGCUAAAUCUUUUAUUUCUGGAUAACAAAGGAACUCCUUGCAUGAUUUGGCAAAAUUUUCAAGCUUGUCUGUCUUGGAACUGAACUGAAAUUGCAUUACGAGAUGGAUUUGCUUGCUCUCUUUUAAAAUGAUCUAACUGAUCGUAAAUAAUCACAAAUGUGUGAAGCUCCAAAACAGCGUUAAAAUGCGCAAAUGUAUUCACUGCGUCUAAUCAUUUAGUCAAUGUCGUGAGGGGAAUUUUCUUUGAAAAUUUCAAUUGCACCUUAGUCAAGUGCUUACUUAAAUCAUAUUCACAUGACGUAUGCUUAAAUAGCUGGGAAGGACAGUUACAUUCUGUGACGUCUAACGGCAGUGUGAAGUAGCGAUUUUGCAAUUUGUUGCACACGCGCAUAUAUAUUUAAAUAGGUUUGAAAUGCCAAUUGUAAACAAAAAUCUGAAAAAAUGUAAGUGGGGAGAUAUAGGAAGGCUGCGUGUGUGAACAGGCGUUAUUGCCUGUCUUUUUCAAAAAACGUAUUUUGGAAAAUAAAUGAUAUGAAAAUUCUUGGUUUGCAACCACGUGACAAGGCGGCCAUGUUGGGUUUAAGACAAUAGAAUUUUUUCUCGAAAAUUUUACAUGAAAAUAGAGUUUAUAUUCGCAGAGAGAAAUGUUUUUCUUCUGGCCUACACUUAAUUCCAUCCGCCAAACUGACGUUGACACAUUAAUGAUUCGUACACAAAGUAGGGUUAGGGUUAGGGUUUGGGUUAGGGUUAGGGUUAGGGUUAUAUAUUUAAAUCAAACUGGUAUUCGUCACCGAGGAUGUGUAGGGGUUAGAGUGAUGCACUCCAGAUCGGAUGCUCCGAGUUCGAAUCCUACUCAUUCUAUCCUGAAUUGUUUUUUUUCCUUAAAAAUUGAAGACACUUUGACUUUUAUGAACAUUUCAUCAAGAAAUUUCAUAUAAGAAAAGUGAAAUGUCUUGUGAGAGGAGGAUGUCAGUUUGGAGGAUGGAAUCAAGUGACGACCUUUUCUUCUUGACCACCAACAUGGCCGCUGUGACGUCAAGUGCAAACUCUUCGUGAAAUUUCUCGCGCGCAGCCAAUUUGUUGUGGAUGUCGUUUUAUUACUUUUAUGGGGAAGAAAAAAUAAAUAGUAAGAAAUGUAGCUGCUACCAAAUAACGCUAUACCGUGAAUUGCUUUGUUGUAGUUGUUGUUGUUUGUUUGUGAAGUGUUAAAAGCGAGUAAUCGUCACUUUACCUUCGUGUUAUCUUUAAAAAGGUAGAGUAUCCGAUAACCCUUCUUAAAGUCGUGCGUCUUAACUUUCGGGGGUUGCAUCUGUAAAGGACGUCAUGCUCAACAAGACCAAACCAAAUAUAGAAAAAUGACCAGAAAGCCUCGGAGUCAUGUUUGAACUUAAUAUAUCGAACGUGGGCUAUUCUUGGAUGCCAGCCACGUGACAAGGC